AUGUCGCUCUCGCACUCGCCGCCGAUCAACAAGCGUAAAAACCUGCCGCCUUACAGCGAUCUUGCGUGUAUGUAAGUAUCCGUUUUUUUUGUAUACCGACGUUACCCGACACACGGCAUCUGUUUUACGUGUGCCGUGUGCUGUACACUCUGAUUACCGAUUACGGUUUUAAAAAGUUGUCGAAACGACGACGUUUUACCGCGGGGUAACGUGCGUGCGCAUUUCGGCGUUAUCGAAAACAAUACGAGUCGCGCGUUUUCCCCAUCUCUCGUACAAUAACGGACAAAUUUGUCCCCCUCCCCUCCGUCUCGCCCCCUAUCCGAUCGUUAUACUAUACACUCGCGCCGGUAUUAUUCGAAUGAACGAUGGGUAUUCACGUUGAAAUAUUUGGAAAAAAUAAAUAUAAAAACAACGAAAGUAUCUCGUUUUUAACGCAUCCGAACAGUACCGCUUAACAGCCGCGUAAAAUCGACGAAUUCCGUCCAGUUGUCAUGGGGUUCCGUCGAGCGGUUGUUUCGACAUACAAGAGGGUGAGUAUCCAAACAUACCGGACGUAGGGCGUACAUACUUCAGGGGCGUUAUCAGGGGGAGGGAGGUUUGGCUGGGGCAUUCGUUCUACCUUAGAUUUUAACACUUCGGCGCGACCCUAUGAAGGCGAUAAAGUCUUAAAAAUCGGUCUACAGAAAUCUAUUGACAUUAUUAUAUCAUUAUUACCUAAUAUAUUGUUUAAUUAUCUUCAUCAAAAUCGUUUUGUUUCGUAUCUUACAGUCUUUUUAAAACUAAUUCGUCUUGUUUUACAUGUUGCGAGCGUAGCGAACGAUUUUAUGUUUGUUAUUUAAACCUUUCGGAACAUUGGGCUGAUAAAUGUUUUGCCUCGUCCCAAGAAAAACUAAAACGUCGUCCCUGACGCGCUCACGGUAAUAAAUUCUGUAUAAUAAACAGGCCCAACGUGAUUGGGGGGGGGGGUAUUUUAUCGGAUUUUUGCGUUGACGUGAAAAAUAUUCGUAGUUUAAUUUCGUAAUAUUUUACUUUAAAAAAAAUCAAUAGCUAAUAUUAGUAAUUUAGUAACUAUGUAAUAUAGUUACUAUUUGUACCAUGAUACGCGCGUACGAUUUUCGCUUUUGAAAUAUACCUUAUACUUCAACCUUAAACCUUCUUUUCGCUAUAUACUGCGUUUCAAAGGACUACGCUGAGCGUCAGUGGCGAGUUUAACAUUUGAUGACAUUCGGAGUGAUUAGUUCGUCACCGGUGGGUGGGUGAGGGGCCUUCGCAGAUUUCUUUCAGCGGCCCUGAUAAUAAAGAUCUAAAACAAUUCGACUGUGUACCCGCCCUUUUUUGGCAUGCCAUUCGCGCCGAGACACCCCCAACAGUCGCGACGACAAAGCUCGCGAUCGUACGAGUACACUUUCGACUCGGCCCGGCUCAAUCACGCGCUCGCGUACCGACCUAAGUGUAGUUCACGCCGAGUGCGUAACAGAGGCGACCACGUUGACACGUGAUUGCCGUUAUUCACAUCCAUAUACAGAAAAAAAAAAUAAAAAAAAUUUGUUUAAAAAUCGACCGAAGAAUCUGAAAACGUACGGCCCGACGGUAAGAAGCGCCUCCCUUAUCGCGAAACCCCCGUAAGAUUGUUACGGUAGUUUUAUUUUUCAUUAGGUUGCGGCUAUAGCCUUUUCGUUAGGUCCUUUAAAACGUCGGCUCUUUUCGGUCCGUUUACCGUGAUGGUAAAAUGUAUAUUACGCGGGUAUUCUGGCAGCGUCAUGGGUCACGAGUAUUUACGAUUAACUGCAAUAAUUACGAAAUUUAGCGAUAUUCAACCAUUUUAAUAUAUUAUUGUAAUGAUAUUAAGAGUAGGACGGUUUUGAAAGACAAUAUUUUUUUGAACCUACUUAAUAUUCAGCUUUCGGUCGUAUACAUUGGGUAUUUUGAGCAGGGAUCACGGACACCAUACAAGUUCGGAUUAUAAUAUUGUUUGAUACAAUGUUAUUUUAUUGCGUCUAUCGCGUUUGAUAAUGUCAAAAUCGUAUUAACGAAUCGGAUUAAUUACCAUAGAAAUAAUGUCGGUUUAAAUGAGUGACUGGCGAUAAUACACAUUUAUGUCACAUUCGAACAUUAUUGCUGAGUAUCAUUUUGCAAUAAUAUCCUCGGCUUAUACAUUUAAAGCGAUUUCGUUUUUCAUAUCACUCCUAUCGAAACGAAGAUUUCGGGUAAAUUCGAUUUUGAAGUUUUCCGGACAUUAUAUUAUAGUGUAUGCCUCUGUAUAUUCUUCUUCUCGCGGGUUUUUCGGCCUCUAAGACCAGUCAGUCAUCCAAGCGAAUUUGCCACCGCUUAUAUGCAUAUAGUCUAUUCGAUUUCAAAACUUUUACAUCUACUCUUACCGGAUUUUCCAAGCUUGGUUUAAUUAACGGUAUUUUACCCCGAUCAGAUUUUACUUAAUAUCCCUUUUAAUUCGUGAGGUAUUUUUUCUCCAAGUCUGAUUUCUGUUAUAUGUGGUCGUUGAAAAAAUUUCUCAGCUAUUCAUUGUGACGUUUUUUCGAUUCAAAACAUUCUUCUGGUAGUUUGUCUUGUUUCCAAAUUCGUUCUAUUAUCUCGUGAAUUAUCAAUAUUGUUAUUUCGUCUAUCCUCUGUAGACAUUUUACUUGAAUACCAUUUUCUCCGGGGGAUUUAUGUUUUUUCGGUAUUUUUAUCCGUCAUACUACGUUUUCAUUAUACGGUGCAGACGCUUUCGUUUUAAUAGUUUUUUUUUUUUUGGGUUGGGUUAUCAUAAUGUACAAGUUUUUCAAAAUACUCUGUACAUUUUUCCACAGUCAUUCCUUGUUCAAUAACUAAUUUUCUCUUAGAAAUUGCUCUCGUUUCUUAAAUACACACAUACAUCUAGUAAUAUUAUUAUCGAUUCUGUUGUAUAUACUUCUUCUUCUUCAUGUUAGUCUGCUCAAGCCAUAUGUAUUUUUGAAGCCGGUAGUCAAUCAGUUUGAUAACUUCGCCAUUUGGUUCCCCGAAUAGGUGAAGAAUAAUAUAUUUAAAAGAUAAAUAAUUUCAAUUUUCAACCACAUCGAUGACGUCGACGCGCGCUAUUUUAACUUAACACACGUAUACCUAUAAUACGUGAAAAAAUAAAAAACAAAAAUAUUAUUAUUGUCCGUGAAAAAGCUUUCAAAGUUGAUUGAAAAAUCCCAAGUUUUCGACGCGAUAAAUACGAACUCGUCCUUCAGCAAUGUUUUUUCCCCGUGAUAACAUGUUUUUUUUCCGCCCAUAUAAUCACUUAUAGUAAUGAAUUUUUUGAACAUUUGUGUUUGAGCUUUAACAUAGUAAACUAUUAUAAACUCGUGUAUUUUUUUUAAAAUUAUCAUCAGUUCGUAUACGACGGCAUAUAAAGUGGGACGCAUAAUCAAACGAACGCGCGGAAAAUAAUUUUACAUACAUUCAGAUUUUUUUUGUUUUACAAUUUUUCUGUUGACCAACUUAUAAUCGGUUUUUUUUUUUUUUUGUUGUUGUUUUUCUAAAAAAAACUUCAAUUAAAUUGCAUUCGAUAUUAUUGGGUCGGCAAUAGUAUAGCGCAUAUACCUACGUAUCUGUAUAUGAUCAGUAUGCAAAUAAAAUACAAUUUUUUCCUGCGAUUUUCCGCAAACGAAACGUGCAUAAUAUUAUAUUUUGAAAAAAACCAAAUGUAUAUACGUCCGCGAUUCCGGUGGGAAUUCGUAUCGAGAGUCCCCGGCGGUGAAUAUCGAACGUUCCGUUCGAAAAUACAAUAAUCAUUUUUGUCGGUCCGGGAGUCGUACGUAAUAAUAUCGUAACAGUAUUAUUAUUAUUACUGUUAAAAAAACACGACGGAGCAAGUAUGUACGCCUGCAUAAUAUAUGUAUGCAUAUAUACAUAUAUAUUUAUUAUUAAAUCAAUACCCACUUUAAAUAUGUAUAUAUUGUACAGUAUCGAAGUGUGUUCGUACCUAUCCGGCGGCGUGUAAUUGGGUCAACUUUACAACGGUUCGCAUUCGAAAUUCGGACGUAUUUUUUUAAAUUUCGCGUUUCGGAAUGUUCGUUUGCGUAUCCGCCGCGCGCGUCUCUAUCUACACGCCAAGGCUGGGCGGCGAGUUAACGGGUUUGUUUCAACUCGGCUGAGCUGAGUUUAAAUUCAAAUAAAGUUAAUUCAGAACAACCAAUCGAUUCGACUAAGUUACAUGUUGAAUUAACUUUUUAACUAGAGUUAAAAAAAAAAAUUUUCAUGUUAUUACUUGUCUUUUAUGCCGGCUAUUAUAAUGGCCUAAUAAUGUACCUACAACCGCCAACCCGCGGCCACAGUAGAAAAAUAACAGGCAUUCAUAACAAUUCGUAUUUUAACAUGUUCAUAUUGUGUUGAUAACAAUAAUAUAUUUCUGCGGUGCGAGAAAAGCCAAUGACGCAUAUUGUGAUUGUCGGGAAAUGGGCUUUGGAAAUUUUAUUUCCCCAUUAGGUUUUGUGUGUUUUAUUUGAUGCCAAACGACUGUGUAAUUUUCGAUUCUUUCAAAAACACUUUUCUCUUUUUCUCUUUUCUUUUUUUUGAAAAUAUUGACAUUUGCCCUUCUAGAAAAAGUUAAUAGUUCAAAAAAAUCAAUUUAUCAAGUCGAAAGUUAAAUCGACUUGAGAUGUUAAUUCCCAGCCUUGUCUAUAUGUACAUACAAUAUCACCACAUAAUACAGUAGCACCCGUUUCAGACGCUCUCGCCGUAAGACGAUUUUCCGCCUAAGCUCAUUUUUACGAGUCCCUUGAUUUUGACUACGUUCAAAAUGCUGCGAUUAACUCUAGAUAAUGCGUUCUAUGUUCUAUCUCAUUAGUAACGACGAUAACGAAUAGUGUGUACGCGCACUUGUACUGGUUAUCGGACGAUAAUAAUAUAUUCACGAUUAGAUACGACACGCUAUAUACGCACGACUAUUCACGGCAUCGGAUCAUCGGAUAUGGUCCCCAGUCCACCACAGUUUGUGGCUGAUUAAAGACAAAUAAGUAAAGUGUAAUUACGUGUAAUUAUUCUCUUUCGCUGCAGUGAAUUUGUCCAGGUUAGUUUUUAACGUUGAAUACCUACAUGGAAAAAAAAAAAAAAAAUGCGAAACAAACAAAAAUCGAUGAUUUUUUUUAAAGUAGGUGAUAUAAAACAAUAUUAUGUAAUAUUCCCGCGUAAUACGAUUUCCCGUCUAACACCCUAUAUUUUGUUAACUGGUCCCUAGGAGAGCGUCUUUAAACGGGUUCUACUGUAAAUGUACACUAGAAGACACUACAUAGAUGGCUGUGUAUGAGUUGAUUCCAGGGUACCUGUUUACCGGCACCGAUACCGAUACUUUAAUUGAUUCCACGGCUAUUACGGGUUAUGUACGCGUUGAUUGGGAACUACCCGUUUCCGUCAAAAACGCACCUUUCCCUUUUCUGCCAAAUAAAAAAAUUAAAUUAAAUAUUUGAAUAUUAAUGGACGAUUGAAUCAAUAAUUAUUAUUAUUGUAUUGUAAAACAAAUAUCAAAAUGUUCACGAAAAAUAUUGAAAAUUGUUGUACAGGGGUGAAAUUAAUUUAAAAAUAUAAAUGCCAUACUAUUUAUUCUUAUUUACAAUAAUUGUAAGAUAUUUUUUUUUUUUUUUACGAAAUCGCAACUGAAAAUUCAAGAAAAUAAAUGUAAAUACAAAUAUGUAAACAAUCGUUUAUUAAUAUUCAAAUGUUAGACUAAAUUUUUUCAUUUGGCCGAAAAGAGAAAGGUGCGUUUUCGGCGGAAACCAGCCAUGCCCCAGUUGAUUCACUUAUUGUUGUAUGUCAGUAAGCUUACCCUUUUAAGCCCAUCAGAAGUUAUUGAUUGCUUUGCAAAUGGGUUGAUGGAAGUUCGACCGACAGAUGUCGAAAGAACUGUAGAGUUUACGGACUACGUAUUUGAUAAUUAUAUUUCCCCAGAAGCGAGUUUUCCGCCAAGUAUACGGGCUCAAUUCCCCACUACUAAAUAAACAGAACUACGAAUAGUUGUGAGAGUUAUCAUUCGAAACUCAUCAGUUGUUUUUACAGUGGGAUCCCAAAUAGUUUUCAAUUUAUACAUAAGCUGCAGUUAGAAGUGCAGUCGGAAACGUAUGCGUAUUAAAUGCGGGAGCAAUGGGACUAGAUAAUCCAAGAAAAACCGAGAAAAAUAAGUUUUUAUGAAAGAAACGAUGAAAAAGUACACCGGUAAUCUCAUUACCGGUUAUCAGUUUUCAAAGUCUUUUGGGUAACGCUAAUAGACUGAAGUAUUCAAUUCAACAUUUUAUCAUAUGCAUUUGCCGUAUUACUGAUAAACAACAAUGGGGGAAUCAACUCGUACGUAAAACUCUCGAUAACCCGGGAAUCAAAUAACACAAAGAGUAAGUCCCGGGAAUCAACUCAACAACACCGAUAAAUAGAUACACCGAAAUACGGACACUUCAUCUCGCUUUUCGUACGUGGAUAUUAAAAUAUAUUGUCAUUUCUUUUUUUUUUUUCUUUUUUUUUUUUUUUGUCGAGAUUGUAAUAGAUGAUAUUUUGGCCGUUUUAUUAGAGCGAUCGCAUUUUGACUUUUAUUUUGUGUACUCGCCUGCUAUAAAACACGGUUUUAACACAAUUGAUCAUAAAAGAACGUAUUAAAAAUGUUAUAACCAAUUUAUGGACGUUCUUUAUAUUGCGUGGAACCUACGUAUAUUAUUAUUUUGGUUUUUUUUUUUUUGCCCGUAAAAAUUCUAAAGCGUAUACUUAGGUACGUGUAUUAUACCUCAACUAUAAUAGGUACACCGCAUUGGUGACAUUAUCGUCGUAGAUCGAUCAAAACGUAGCGAUACAUUAUACUACAUUAUAAAAUAACAUUGUAAAAUAUAAAAAUAUAGCGAAAAUGAUUAAUUUUUGAAUUACCACGUAGACACGUAGAUGCGUAUUAUUAUUAUUAUUAUUAUUAUUAUUGUUGGUACAUACGAAAUCUCUUUCGCUCAAUGUAAAUCGAAUAUAAAUACUGUACAGUAAAGUCGUUUUAGCAAUAAUAUUGGUAAGUACGCCAGAAUAUUAUAGUUUAUUUAUUUAUUCUUCUUGAACCGUAGAGAGUAAAUUAGUUUUUUUAAUUUUUUUUCAUUAUUAUUAUUAUUAUUGCGUGUAUCAUUUCGUCGGCUUACACAAACAGUCGUGCGUAUACAUUAACGACUAAAAAGAUAAUACUACUACAUAUAUAUAUACAUAUAUUACACUGCGAAAUAAAAUACUCAUAAAUAACCAACCGAAAUAUUAAAGACUGCGAUAUGCGCAACAGGUAUUAUUUGGACGUCCGCGAAAAUCAACCGAGAUACCGCAAUUUACUAAGUAUAUACGAACUCACAGCGUUAAGGGGCCCGCAGUUAAGCGUCUGCAGUUUUUAAAAUUUUCUCCCAUUUUGAAACAUUUAAAAAUUAUUUUUAACAUUUCAAUCGUACCGUCUUAAAGAUAAGAUUUUCCGACCGACCUAUUAUUCGAUAUCAAUUUAGGGGGAGGAGAGGAGAGGGGGGGAACAGUCGAAAGCGAAAACGAGACGACAUGAGCGUAGCGCGCCGCUAGACCGCAUUGUAUUCGCACAUUCAUCCGUCGAGAAUUUUUUUUUUUUUUUUUCAAUGGACGAUAAUAAUCACAUAUAGAUUGAUGUAAGGGAAAAGUGCAAGCGUGGACUUUUAUUGUACCGCCUAUAUAGACGAGACUCCGGUACGAGACGACGAGGUUUCGGAGUUUUAAAAGUCGCAUAUAGGAUCGAUAUUUUAAACACGACGGAACGGCAACGCUCGAUUACGGCUCGAGAAAUUCGAGUUGUGUCUCUCCCCGUCGCCUUUAUCGAAAAACCUAUUAGUAUUAUUAUAGGGCGUAUUCAACCGCAGAGAACAAAUAUUGAAUAUUUAUUUAUAUUUUUUUUUUUUUUUAUGCAGAAGUAACGGCUCCCCAGACACACUUGUAGAGACAUUUCGCCGUCGCGCUGACUGCGGUACCUAUCGAGAGCGUAUAAUAAUACAAUGUAUACACACCUAUAACCCCGCCAUAUCUGUAUUACGGAGUAUAUUUCUCUUGAUCGUUAUAUUGACAUUUUACCAGUAACUGUUCGUAAUACAAAGAGAGAUUUUUUUUUUUAUUAUUUUCGUUUCACUUGCUUAUCGACAGAUGGCGUGCCACAGUCUGUAAGCAAACGAGAAAUGAAAUAACAAUGGACCGUCUCGAUUGACACUUGACAUCGAUUUACCCCAUUUGCAUUAUAAAUAUACACACCAGUGCUUCCCAACGUGGUUGGUGCUGCCUCCUUGUUGGCUUUUUUUAAUUUCGUAGGGGGCUUUUUACUUAAGGGGGCGUGAAGGGGAACGAUUCUAUUGUGAUUUUAAUUACUAAAACCAAUUAAAUUAUAUUAUUAUUAAAACAAUAUUAACAAAUUCAUAACUUAUUGUAAUGCAAUGUAUAUCUGCGUACAAUAGAAAAUAAUUAAAUAUUUCAUACACACUACAAUAACAACGAAAUUCACUGAAUAAUUACAGCGAAAGGUCCCAUUUCCAUACGGAUAUUUCCGACAAUAUUGUAUACUUGCAUUUAUUACAUGAAGCUAUAUAAUUUAGUGCGCAUGUACGGUAGUUAUACAUAAUUGUAUUUAUAAUAAAAUGCUGAGCUCGAAAUGUGAAGAAAAUAUUUAUUUUUCACUUUAAUCAAAUGGCUGAUUAUAAAAACAUAAUUGUAAUUUUUUUUUUAUUUUAAUUUAUCGGAUAUGGGGAGGUAAGAGUUUUUUUACAAUCAAAAAGGGACGUUGAGUAAAAAAAGGUUGGGAAACACUGAUAGACACAAUAUACGACAAAAAUAGUCAACGUUCACCGCUCCGCGAAUAUUGAAACAAAUUUUAUUAAUUUUAUCCCGGCUGGUGUAUGAGUUUAUUUGUUUAGUCGCAUAAUAAUUUUGACCGAUGACGUGCAUAACAAUUACACGAAACCAGCGGAUAAAAUAACGAAUCAUAUAGUACUUUAAAAAUGUGAAAAAAAAAAUUUUCAGGAUAUCAAUGAAAUAUUUAUUUAGUAUUGAUAUAAUGAAAGUGAACACGAAGAAUACGCGAAAAUAAUUUUCAAAAAAAAAAAUGAACAGGGAGUGGUUAAUUCCAAUUUCCCCAGAACAUAAAGCGUUUUAAACGAUACGGAGUUUUUUUUUUAAAUUCUAAGCGCAGCAAUGAAUUGGUUUUUCAAUUUGUUCGAUUUUUUUUUUUUUUUUGUGUCUGUGAACCACUUUUUUACCCGAAAUUUCGGUCUAAUUAAAAAACGACAAGAAAUCUUUCUUGUAGCUAUUUCAAUCAAGUUAGUAUAUUGAGAAGGAAAUAUUUUUAAUUUGCAAGCAGUUUUUAUAAUAAUUAGGAAAAAAAACGAACUUAUUUUGAUAUUUUUCGAUUUUAUUUUUCUGUUAAAAAUCUUUCUCCGAAUUUCAAUUGUAGCAUUUUUUUUUUUUUUUUUAAAGAAAAUACAAAAGAAGUUUUUUUUUAUUUUUUUUGCAUAGUUUUCCGGGAAAAAACUUUACUAUUAAUGAUUUUAUUUUUUAUUAAAAAAGUUUCAGAGAUCUGAUAUUUUCAAUAAAAUUUGGCAACUUUUGAGGCAUCUGACAUUUCUAGAGGUUUUAGUUUGGUUUUAUGUUGUUAAAAUUAUAAUGUUUGAUCAUAAGUUAUCAUAAAUUGUAUUUGGUGGUAAAAAAAAAAAAAAAAGAUCCAGUGUAAUAUGUGGAGGUUUUUUUAAAAUCAAAUUUUGACGACAUCCAUAAAGAAAUUACGAAAUUCUAAAACACAUUGUACCGAAUUUACCUCAAAAUUGUAUCUCGUUGGUAAUGGUUUAUCUCUUCGUACAGAUUUAUAUUAAGUAACAUUAUGUAUUCUACCUUCCCAACUUUCCACCUGCCACCUACAGCAAUGACGUACUUAUCAGCAGUAUAAGCUCUUUUUGUUUACACGCUUGUUAUAAUACGAUAAUAAUAUUCGGUACGAUUUCGUGUUUCCUCAUACAUAAACAUAAUUAUCUAAAGUUCCAUAAUGUCUUGAAAAAAGUAUAGCCGAAUCGAAUUCGCUCUUGUUCAGUAGUCCGGCAGAAAUCUCCUAGGAGUUUUUUUUUAAAAAAAAUGUUUUUAUGGCAGUACAGAGUAGUAGUAAAUAACUAAAUGUAAUGUGCUUCUCGACGUUAUACACGGUAAAAACCAAUACGCGGGUAUCUAACUUUACACAUAAAUAAUUUAUUUUAAAUAUAAUCUAAAAAGAAAAAAAAGAGCUGAUACUGGAGAAAUUGAAAAGGUAGGAUACAUAAAGUUAUUUCUUUUAUGUAUGUAAGCAACGAUAAACUAUUACUUGACGAAAGACGAUUCCGAGCGUAGUUCGGUGGUAAUAUAUAAUUUGAAUGCCGAAAUUUUUUUUGCGAUUUUCGUUUAAAUUUGAUUUCAAAACACUUAUUAAAAAAAGGAAAAAAGUCAUCAGAUGAUUUUGGAAAUUUCACCACGUCUAGGUAAGUCCAAUAUAAGUAGCAUUAUCAAGUUUCAAGUUUCUACGUAUAUUUAAAACCGAAAUACAGAAAAAAAACUCCCAACUCAAAAGUUUUGACAAUGUUACCGUAAGAGAGUAAAUCAAAAUGGCAACAGAAAAAGUGUCUUGUGAUUUUUCUAUUAAAUCAUUUUUUCUGGUAGAAACGUGGUCGGUGUUUUAUAAAACAAUGAAAUCGUGAAAUUGUACGUUUUACUACGUUUUUUUCUCACUUAAGUGCUUUUAUUUAAAAAAACGGAGUCGAAAUCAAAAAAUGAUUAUUUAGACAACUUGAGCUUUGAGAAAAGUUUUUACACGUAAAAAUUGUAGCAAGUUUACUUUGAAAAAACGUGUCCACAGACUAGAACAAAGAACAAAGAAGAAGAAACAAACAGCACUGUAAAAUCAAUAGUUCUCUCGCUACACUCGGAAUCUAAAAAAGAGCUCUAUAGGAGAUAAUAAGAGACACGCAAUAGAACGGGUAAAAUUGAAUUAUAAGUAUUUUUUUCUGAAAAUCAUACCUGUCGUACUAUCGUGAUUAAACCAACCGUCUUUUCCUUCUUUGUACAUACAAUACUUAUGGUCUUUACAACCGUCUAAGAGUUUUCGCUGUGAAAACAACUGUCCGAGAUUACGUUUCUUCUGAGUGUUCCACUCCCGGAUUACUUAGAUUCUCUUCGAGAACGUCAAUUGCCCUUUUUCUGCGAGUGUACCGCACGAGGUCUCUUCUCCCGGGACUUUCUGCGUUCUAGCGCUGCUCUAACAUUAUCGUCCUCUUUUUGUACGACCUGCGUUAUCAUCGUCCUUUUACAAUACUGGUCACCGUUACCGAGUUUUCUAGGGGUUUUAGGGAUUCAACCCCCCCCCCCCCCUCCCACAAAAUUUUUAAUGUAGUUAUAUAUUUUUAUUAUAUAACAAAGACUAGCUGCAAGUUCAUAUAUUAAUCUUAUUUUAACUGCUACCGCCGUAUGAUAAAUGCGGCCACUAUAUAUUGUAUACCUUCACCGACAAUUAUUUUUUGUUUCAUCGUAAACACGGCCACAACUCAGUAUAUCCAUAUUUUGUUGACGAACGUCUUUAUAAUUUCCGUUCUGUCUGUCAACGGUUUUCCGUUGUUCACAGCCGCAACAUUUCCUGGAUUUUAAAACAACUACUAAACUUACCCUUUUUACGUAAUGACCUAUAAAUCAAUCGGGCGCAUUUCUCACGGAGGUACUACGUUUCUCGGCGGAGAAUGCGUACCCGUAGUGUAAUUCAUUUUGCCUACAUUCGAAUAAUUGAAAACGAUGAUAAAUUAUAUUUUCAGCGCCCGACACCGAAUUACAAAUUGUUAUUAUUAAAUUUGUCGCACUCUAUUAUUAUUACACAUGAUUCUGUCGGUUUUUUUCCGUGGCGCCGAACUGCAGAGAGAUAUUAUCGUCUAAUCUGUAAAGUGCUCACCGUCUGAGUUCGCGUCACGCCGCUUGUUAUGUAUUUCUAUAAAAACGGCCGUUUACGAAACGACGUGUGCGUUUUCAAUAUCCUCAAAAAGCAUAUAGGUACCAGCUACAAUGUACCUGUUUAGAAUUUGUUCGAUUCAUAAAACGCGUUAAAUCUUUUCUAAAAAAAAAAAAACAACCCCCGUCUUCUUCUGUUAGUCUUCGACCCUUCGGUUGGUCGACUCCGUGCUUAUCUCUGCCGAAACUCGAAUAAUCCUUCGACUCUCGAUAACUUUUUAUUCCCGUCAUGUCUUCAAAAAUUUGCAGUGCAUAUUCCAUCCUAGGUCCUCGGUAAUAAUCGACUUCUAUAUAAAAUCGAAAUCUUCGAAAAGCUCUCAACGCGUGGUAUGUGACCUGCGAUAUCGUGCCUUAUAUUUUUAUUAUAAUUUGCCGAAAUCUGCUAUGAUCAGUUAAUUGAAUUUCGGUAUUUCUUUCCUCGGUUAUUUUAAAAAGUCUUAAUUUUAUGUCAUUCCGUCGCACCACGAAAUCUCGAUCAUCUCGCGGCAGGCACCUAACACGCCACAGUUCCAAUGCUUCAACAGUCGUCUCUUCUCGAUUGAUGUAGUUCAUUGUCCGGAUUUCACAUUCGUAUAAUCUUAUCUUCGUUUAUUUUAGAAAAUCGUGUAUAUGUACCAGUGCUUCCCAAACUUUUUCAACUCAUGGUUUCAAUUUUGAACUAAGGUUUUUUCAGGGCACCCUCGCAAUUCAUUGCAAUCAAAAACCUUUACUGAUCGGAGUAUUAUUAUUAGUCCCGGCGUUUAUCCCGUUAUAUGGCAAAAAGUAUGUACCAGUAGUAAGUAAAUGUACCAACGAUAUUGUUCUCGGUUAUUUUUUAAUUUUGGAGAAAAAAUAAUGGGAAUCUAGACAUUUUUUUUUUAAAAUUGAACUACUGGGUAUCCACAUCGUUUAACGUACAAUGCGAAUAAUUUGAAGCAUUUUUACUGACCGAACAUUUUGUGUUUUUCGAGAUAAAUCAGAAAAAAAGGGUACCGGCCUCACCGUUUCCGCUGUCAAUUUAAUUAUAAAUUUAUUUUCAGACCAGCAAAUAUUCAAAAUAGUUAUGCGGCGCCCCCGUACACACACCGAGGCCGCAGAUUAUAACACGCCCAAAGUACUAUACUCGAUAACGUUUUAACACAUUGCAACACUCGCGUAGGUUAAUAUUAAUCGAGUUCGGUAAAAAAAUAUUCACUAUCACUUGUAUAAUAUUAUUUAUGAUUAUUAUAGAAUACGUUCCUAGUCCGUUUCGAGUUCUAUACACAGUGAUUAUUAUUGCCGUUUCGAUACGAUAUCAACGAUUAUUACUACUUCACCGCAAAAAAAAAAAAAAAGAAUAAGGUUAAUACGAGUUAUGAUAUUAUAAAAUAUACAUACUGUACAAUUUGCUAGUCGAAAAAAAAAUGAAAUUUACCUGUUUCCCGUGGAAAUUCUCGUAUACUAUUUACCGCUGGCGCUUGAACAUGCCACCGGCUAUAUUAUAUGCACCCGCCCGAUAAUUUCCACUCAUUAUUUAUUCUGUAACCGGUGUACCAAUAAUAAUUACAAUAUUAUUUGAAUAAAGUAAAUAUUAAUUUUAAAUGGCUUUGAUAAUUAAAUUGCUGGUUUUUGAAAAGAAAUUUCGUAAAAUGUCGAAACAUUUUGAAAUAUUAUAAUAUACCCACACGUUUUAAAACGAUCGAUACUCAUGUUAUUAAAAUAUUAACAGUUUUUUGUUAUUUUUUUUUUCGAGGUAGAAAUAAUUUGAACUCUUACAAGUGUAUACCGCGUAUACCCAAUACAUAAUAUCUAAACGCAUAGUUCAAUAGCCGAGAAAACGGGGAAAUAACAUACAAUCAUAUAACUAAAUAAUAUACAGGGCGAUUCAUUUUUCAUGAAUUAGUGGCUGUUUUCGGUGGAUUUAAGCGGAUUUCUACGUUGUUUUUUUUUCUCAAUCAUUAUAUCAAAUCUUUCGAGCUUUGUUUUAACACUGUUUUCAAUCGUUUAUCUCUACUACCCUUGUACCUUAAAUGAUUUUACACUUUUGGCUAUGAAACAGCGUUCCCCGUCGUCCUUUAAAUACAGAUUCGAAAAGAGUAUAUUUUUCUAAAAAACGUCGAUCAUCUAAAAAUGGAUAUGAACAAUAAAUUUAUUACAUUAUAAUAAUAGGCGUUUAAACAGUCGUCUUCGCUGCAGAAUUAUUUGAUUGAUUUUUCAAUUAUUUAAAGUAUGCGAGUACUUACGUCGAAACUGUCCAAGUCAUAUGUCCAUCUAAGUAAUCAUACAGGCAUAUAUAGUUUAUAUUUUAUAUUUUGAGUGGAGCGAGGAAUGUAUUGGUUUUACAGUGACUUUUUUUUUUCUUUGGACAACUUUUCUACCAGUUAUCUCCAAUUUACAAUCAUAGCACUUGUUUUAAAAGAAAAUCUGACUGGGGUUGGACUUUAGGGAGGUCAUUUGUUGAUUUUCCCAGGAGUUUUCUCAAUAAAUGGGGAAAAACAUGGAAAAAUAAGUACAAUAUUAAACAAAUGUUUAAUGCAUAGGUACUUGAUUAUUUUACCAUAAUAUAACAUAUAUAUUGUUGACGAAUCACUACUAUCAACCGAACUCCACUGAGAAACAUUUUUUCGUAAGCAAUGGUUUAUCGUUACUUACAGAUAUGCAUUAAAUUUCCAUCUAUAUCCUAUCUUCUCGACUUUCUGCCUACAACAGUGGCUGCACCCGUCCCCAUCAUCCAAGGACAGUGUUAUAGUUGUAUAAUAUAACAAUAUAAGACGUUUUUGCCUGUUUUUAGAGAAAAUGAAACAUUCGCUCUGUGCUGACGUAAACUCAUCGUUGUCGUCGUCUUCAAUAUUCGUCACUUAUGCACUUAUAAUAUUAUAUUUUAAUGGUGAACUUGCUUACAUAAGUUUUCGCCCUCUCCAUAAUAUAAUUUUUAGAGACGCAUCCGCCGAGUAACAUCCGCAGUGAAUUAUAUAACAUUUUUCGGAAAUCUGUUUCGAAAAAAAAAAAAAAGUACCGGCCAAAACUGUAUAUUGACAUUUAUUUCGUUGAAAUAAUAUUAUAGCCAUGUCAUGCGAGUUUAUGGAACACAGCUUUACUGCCCGAAAAAAAGAAAAUCCCAUAAUAAAAUUAACUCGCUAUAAAACUCCGCUACGAUCAGAUUUUAAAGUUAAUAACAAUUUACUAACAAUAUAUUUUAUGUUGCGCGCGUGUGAGCAUAUAAAUUGAAUUUCUAAUUUGAUUAGUUUCAACGUAAUAGGACGCAUAUAGUCGCCCCGUAAAAAAUAUAAAUUAGUUUUUUUUUUUUAAUUAUUAUUUAGCAACGCGGGGAAAAUCUGUGUAGGUACACGCAUUAAACGGCACGAUUUAUUAAUGGGUAUUUAAAAAUGGUGAUAUUUUCUAUGCAGGUAUUAUAUAGCGCACUCGGUUAACUAUUACGUUUAAUAUCUCAAAUUAAAAAAAGUAGCAGAUUUACUGUCGACGGGCAUUGCGCAAUUGUAGGAGGGAAGUUGGGAAGGUAGGAUAUAUAGAUUUACUUUAUUCGUAUCUGUACGCAUGGAUAAAUCGUCGCUAACGGAAAACGAUUUUGAGUAAAGUUCCGUUAAACAUGUUUUGAAAUGCCGUGAAUUUUGCGAUUUUCGUAUAAAAUUAAACUUAACACGUCUACAAAAAAAACUACGUCACGCUCAACUUAUUAUUAUUUUUACCAUUAAUGACUUGAAUCAAACUUCAGGUUAAACUUUCAGAGCAUUCUUGCUCGGUCAAAACAAUUUUAUCCACGUAAGACAAAAUAAAAAUAAUUAGAAAAUCCUAAACCCCUAUAAAUUACUUAAAAAUCGCCAGAACGGUUGGAUAAUAUACUGCGUCUGUAUAUGAAAUGCUAAUCUAUAAGUAUUCAAUGCAAAUUUUAGGUUUUAUUACGACUAUUAUUAAUCAAAUUGCAAAAAAAAAAAAAAAAUACAAAAUGAAAAACCAAUAGCUAUUUUUCGUUUUUAGUUUUGUAUUGCAUAUUUUUAGUACCUUUUAUUUUUUCUCUGGUUUCUAAAGCCUCCAAAUGCCUUCUGACAUCCAAUUCUUCUCCAUUGUAUAUUGAUUUCUCUUUCCUGUUUGAACAUCCGCCAAGUAAUUCGACAUGAUUUUAGAUUUCUAUUCGUACGUUUAGACCAUCUUAAAUACCCGUAUCCGUUCGUCCAUCCGUAUAGUUGCAAAUACACAUAGUUGGGUUUGUUGAUUUGGUUAACGAGGAUUUAAUAAUUGUUAUUAUUGUUAAUAUAAAUUCGUAGCGUUAUUGUUAAAUAUGAGUAAUGAAUAUCGACUCAUACUAACCGAUGUACCGAAGUACCGAAAUACAACUGCUAUAAGAAUGUACAAAAAUGUUCUGUUGAUUAUUUAUAAAUUAAAUUGUUUAAUUUAUUUAGCUUCUAACAUAUAAAUAUACUUACUAUGACCAAUCUCGAGUUCACAUUGUUUAUGAAAUUGUAGUUAUGGUUGUUUGAAAUGCGUUUAUAAAUUAGGAAUUUCGGGCACUCGCAGAUAGGCAUUCCAAACACGUUUUCAUUAAAUCUUCGUAUCUCGUUCUGGGCUUUUCUAAAGAUUUUAUUUUUACACGUAUUCUGCUCAAUCGUCGCUUUUAUUUGUUCCGAUUUCUAUAUAAUACAAGCAAAUCGCUUCUAUUAUAAUCUUCCUCCGAACAACGUCCGUCGUAUGUGUAUUAAACUAAACGUGAAUUAAGAAUUAAUCUAAAUUUGCCUGUAUUACAGGGUGUAACACGAAGAUUUGAACCUCGAAAUAACUUUUGUUUUGUUAAAUGUUUUUACGUUUUAUUAUUUUCUAAAGAUAAUUUCAAGAUCUUCACUAUUUUAUUAUUUUUUAAAAAUGUUAAUGUUUUCUUUGUAAUUUAAAAAUAUGUACAUAUACAUUUAAAAUAUAGAAAUCAUAACGUAAGGGGGGGGGGGGCUCUGGUAAUUAUUACAGGAGCAAAGUUAUACUCAAAAACAUCAUUAGAACACAAGCUAGUUUACAGUGAAACCUGUACACAACGGAUAGUUACGGGACCAUAAAAAUGUCCGUUAUAGACACAGAUGUCCGUAACAGGUACGGGAAAUGACGUUUCAAAGAAAAAAUUAGAACGAACGGAAAAAAAUGUACAACACUAUAUUAACGAAGCGAAUAAACACUGAAUAGUCUUUAAAUUUUUCGUGAAGUCUACUUGAAAUCGACUUUUUCACUUUUUAAAUUUGUCUCCUUAAGUUCUAAAAAAGCCAUAAUAAUAAAAAAGUAAUUAAAAAAUGGAACAUUUAAAUUUGUUGAGAAAUUAAAAUCAAAAAUCAAAAAAGUUAGGGAGUCGAUCUUAAAUAGACUUUACGACAAAUUCAAAUCUGAUUUCAGAAUUCUUAUCGCUUCACUGAAUCAAUCGGUACGUUGGAAACAAAACACGUUUAAAUCCCCAUAUCUCACGUGUGUAACACAAAGACAGAAACUCGUGGCUUCCAAUCCGCUUAAGAGAGGCGUGGGUUAUACAUAUACGAGUGUCCGUUAGACAGGUUUCAAUAUAUUUUCAAGUAUCAUAGCUCCGUGGUCCAGCCUGUAUAUACCGACUGCACAAUAAUAUUAUUAUGUCGGUGUAACUUACGCGAUAGAGAACACGAUUGUUAAUUGGUUUAUUUAGAGGAAAUUUCUGAAGCAAACUCUGGUAGUUACCUAUAUCUAAUUGAAUUUAAUAAUCCGUUACGUAAUUCCGUUAUUAGUUAUCUAAUUUCAAAACCACACAUUCAAUUACGUCCGUAAUCCGAGUGUUCGACGCAUAUCAUUUUUCGUAACACCGUAUAUUACUAUAUUAAUGGAGUUUGAGUGUAUACGCAUACGUUGUCGUCGUACGUAUGAUAUUGUAAAUUAUUUAGAGGCGUAUGCACGAAAUACAUGCGGAAAAUCGUCGAGCGCGUUAACGAACUACGUGGCAAAAAACGAAAUGUUGAAUUUUGACUGUACAUCAUAAAAAGCAGGAAUCCCGCGAGAAUAUUUACUAAUUUAAAAUGGUAAGUAUUAUUCUGUAAAUUCUACUACCUAUACCUACAGCGUAAUCCUUCUUGAAUUAGUAAACCUUCGCUGCACAGCGCACUAUUUACCGAGGAGGAAAAAAAAAUAUUAUAAUUUAUAAUGAAUUUAAAAUUCACAGACUGCGGCAUAUUAUAAUUACCAUUUUUUUUUUUGGUUUUUUUUUUUUUAUCCGUCAACACCGUUUUGAAUAAGAAGGAUUAUUAUAAUCAAUACAUUUUUUACCCACACCUUCAUCAUCAAUCUGGUGCAAAUCGUCGAUCACCGACAGUAUAUAGUCAUUUAUAAAUAGCGUCUACCUAUAAUAAUUGAGAUAAAUUGUUUUUAAUAAUUCGACAAUGUUUUAUCGAACCCUGAAUUAUUAUAAUAAGUGCGAAUCGGAGUAAUAAUUAGUCUAAAAACAUUAUGGUUCUGGUUUUCAACAUUUCCGACGGUUUGUUUGUGGACUUUUCUAAAGAAGUGUAAGGAUAGUAAUGCGUCAGCAACGUCAUCAGAAAAGAAACACACACACAGCGUACAAGUGGCGCAUAUUACGCCAAAAGUAUUCCUGUUAAUAAUGAGAGAGAAAGAAAGAAAAAUUAAUGUAACAACAAUCUACCACCUUCCAAUAAACUUAAACCAUCAAAAGUUUAGUUAAACAAUGGUACACAUCUCCGGUUUUAGUCGGCGUCAAGAUAGUUCUAUCACUAAACGCGUUUACAAGACAGGGUUUUAGUGGUUCAACCCUCCCCCUCACAGAAAUUUCACGACAAUCAUGAUGAAAGUAGAUUUUUAGUUGAGUCUCAAAAGUGGUUUCUAUCAAUGAGGAAGGUAAAUUUCGGUUUUAUUUUAUUAUCAGAUAUAGUAUAGGUAUAUACUGUUAUUAUUAUUAUUUCUAAUUUUUGUGGUUUUCCUGCUUUUAGAAAAUCAUAACUGAUACUUCGAUAUUGCAUAAUUCGCAUUAUCAUCACAAUAAUAUGAAUUACGUUAUCGUUUAGGCCGUAUUCACUAAAUAAAUAUUCAAUGUAAAAUAUAGUAAUAGGAACCUUAAAGGCUAAAAAUUAAUGUUAUAAACUAUUGAUAUUUUCAAUGAAAAAUAAAUAAUCCUAUAGUUGAAAGUAUAAUAUAAGCUUCUUUGUUAUAGGGUUAUGAAGGUUUACAACCUUAAUCCGCCCCCUGGAAAUAUUUCUUUUUGUAAACGCACUUGGCUAUCACUAGAAUAAGAAUCGGGUAAAUAUCGGCCACAAAUUCCCUUCUAAAAAUCAUCCACCAAUAUGCAAAACUUGUCUAACACGCGUUAUAAUAAAACAUGCGUUCAAGGAAUGCUCCAUAUAUGAAACCGACACGUAUAAAUUCUUAGUCACCUGAGCAACAUCAAAACAAAGAAAUUCCAAAUUAAUUAUUUAUCGUAAAUAUUAAAAUUGUUUAUGUUACAUACCUGAAAAAAUAUUGUAUAGUAACCUUAAAAGUCUGCGAAUUCUUAAAAAAAAAAAAAAAAAAAAAAACGUUGUUAUAAAAAUAUUUCAUACAAGACACUAAUCGUACGCUCGGGUAUUGUAUUCCAACAACGCAGGAGUCCUGAGAGGGCACGGGGAACUGCACAGGUCAUGUUAUUAUGUGGAAGUAUGUUUACGAAUUAUUUUAGAUUCGGUAUGGGGCGAGGGAACUAUUGGUUUUACUAUGACGUGGGGUUUUUCUAAAAGGAAAUUUUGUCUAGUUGGUGCAUUAUUAGAGAGGUUAUUUUUUUGAUUCUCCAAAGGGUUUUCCAAAAUAAUUGGGAAGGUUUCAGUGAUGUGCACAAGACACUGUUAUACCUACUUAUAUAUCGUGUAAUAAAUUCAUCGUUUUUUGCGCCGAUAAUAUUAAACAAUGCUGCAUAGAUUUUGAACAAAGUGUAACGUUACAAUAAUGAUUUUUUUUUUCAGUUCAUUUUUUGGAAAACUUUUUCUUUUUAUACGUCACAAUUUUUUGAGCAAAUGUAAUCAUAAAGUUUUACAAACCCUUAUUUGUAGAUUUUAAAUUGACGGCACUUUCAAAAGGUCAUUUUAUAUUGUUUUACCCGUGGUAAUUUAAAACUAAAAUCGAAAACUUUAUAGAAACAAUGCAAUUAUUAACGUACAAACGAUUUUAAUAAAAACUCAAUCAUUUUCGCUUAGUAUCAAUAGUAUUAAUUGUAUUGCUCUCGAAUUUAAAAUAAUAAACGCAUUACUUCUGGUAAAUGUCGGGGUUAUAGCAAGACAAUAAACUUUCAAAAGUUUAUAGCCGAGUAAAAAAUAUUCGAAUUGAAUAAAUAUAAAUUAUUAUCUACAAUGACCUAAGAGGCUAAGGUACCCUUAAAUAUUAUUUGUGACGGUGGAUAUCAGUGUUUCUGAUAUUGAGAAUUAUAGAAUAUCGGAUUAUUUAUUCGUGUUUUAUUUAUUGUUUGUUAAUAGACUUCCAUACAUUAAUGUUAUAUUCUAUCACUUUAUUUCUUCUGAGGCCCUAUUUCAAAACUCGUAUGAAUAAUACGAGUUUAAUACGACUUACUAAAUUUCCGUAUACGGAUGAAAAAUUUAAUUUUUAAACUACUCAUAUCCGUAUAAACUUAACAUCAUUUCGCAAAACGUCCGUAGAAAAAUGAUAUUCCAUUGGAUGGAAAUGGCUACGUCGUAAAUUUUCGAUUUGACACAGUUUUUUCGAGAUUAUAUUGAAUGGUAUUUAAUCACAAUAUUCAUAAUACUUUUGUUAUGUAAAAAUCUAAAAUAAUCUUAAUCACUAAAUCGGGUAUAUACUGCAGUACAUUAUAAUUAAUUAAUAAUAUUGUACAAAAUAUAUGCACAAUUUGUAUUCUGAAGGAAUGAAGUUUAGAAUGUGGUAGCAAGGUAUAAAUGAAUACUCUUUCUCGGAUUACUAUAAGUUUUUUAACUCGUUACCCUUCAUUCUAACUUUCCACGUAUUAGGUAUUUAGGCACCUGUAUUAUAGUUGUAAUUUCGUUAUAAUCGGACGGGGCAUUAUAUACUCGUUGUAAAGUUUUAUACAAGCUGGAGCUAUAGUUUAGUAGAUAGAUAGGUUAUGUAUAAUCUACAUAAUAUUAUACUAGGUAUAUUAAACUGCAUUUAGCCUGUCCGUUUUUGUCGAAAAGUAUUUUAAUCCCUCUGACUAUUACUGUCGUUUUAAAUGUAAUAUUCGAUUAAAAUAAUAUUAUGCACUUUACUACUUUGCAUUAUAAAACGAAUAAUAAAAACAUAUGAAUGUAAAACUAUAUACUAGUAUAAUAUUGGAAUUCAACUGCGUAUUCCUUGAUAAUAUAUAUGGGCGAGUUAUUUGUUCGAUUCCACUUAUAGUCAUAGGUAUAAUAUUAAACGAACUGCAGUAUAAUUUUAUAUUUGCAUAAUAUGUAUUAGAAUGCAUUUACUUUUUAUCGGUGUAUAAUUUAUUCGAAAUCAUCAUAAUGCACCUCAAAGUUUAUAUAUAAUAAACUGCUGAUUAAGGAAUGUAAUACACAUCAUCUAUGAUGCUUCGGAAACUAUUAUUUUAUUAUUAUACUUUAAACUAUUUUACUUAGCGGGUACCUUAUUAUAUUAUAACUAGAGACCGAAUUUAUAUUCUUCUAUAAUCCACAAAAAGGCGCUUAAAACCACCAAAAAAGCCCUGUAAAAAACACUUGAAACAAUUAAAAAAGUAAAAACGAUAGAGGAGUUUUAAAUCAUGUUUUUGUGAUUUAAGAAAUUGUUCUAAUGAACUAUUGAACCCCUCUAUUAUUCUCGCUUCUUACUUAUUAUUAUAUUUUUUAAGUGAUUUUUUCAAGGCUUUUUGAUGUUUUAAAGUGUUUUUUUUUUUGUGGAUUUUAAGAAUAUAUAAAUCCGAUUUCUAAUUAUAACAUUAUGCAACAUAUAGUAUCACUCCGUUUAUCGCAGUCGUUCUCGUCUCUUACAUACGGGCCCGUUUAAAAUAAUAAUAUCAUCACGUCGCGGUGAUGUUCUCGAGCCUUAUUUCGAAGUGUAUCGAUACAAUAUCGCAAUAUUGCGCGUGACGCGAUUUAUUAAAAUAACGCUCGUGAAAUAAAAUUAUAUAGGUACCAAUCGAUCAAAAUAUAUACCCUUGGGAGGGAAUAAAACCCAAUAUAAUAUAGUACCGGAGACGUUUAUAGAUUAGAAAGUAUGCUUGCUUCUUCCCUGUUCACGCACGUACGUAAAUAUAAAAUAUAUAAAAUAGAAGACGGCGGGGGGGUAGGGCGAUAUAUUAUAUAGCGACGACGUUAUUGGAUUUCGAGUAGACGUGAAAAUCGCGAAGGAAAAAUAAAUAAAUAGCGAAACGUUGUAACCGGCUAAAAAAAAAAAAAAAAAAAAUUGCUUUUUUAACACAUGCUGGAUAGGUAAAAUUUUGUUACCAUAAAAUUAAAAUAAUAUUAAAAUGUCAAUGGUUAUAUUAGUAUAAUAAAAUUAUCAUAAGAUUUAUGAACAUUACAUGAUAAAAUUACCAUGGUAAUAAAAAUAACGCGCUCAUAAGUUAUAUUAAUAGUAAAAACUCUCAACUGAGAAGCAAAUGUGAGGCUUGCUGGGAUUUCCAGAUUCCAGUACUGUUAGCAUGGAUAAUAUAUAAGUACGCAGGGUGAUAAUAAUUUUAUGUUACAGCAAUUUCGGUACACAAAUUUGCAAAAAAUAGUAUAAUAUAAUGUAUAAUGAAAGAGCUGUAUUGUUCUACAAUAUUAUACGUAUAUGGGCACUGGACAUACGAAGAUGCCUUUUUGGAAUUAACUUUUCAAAUGUAUAUACUACCAAAUAUUUGUUUGCACAAAUUAUGUAAAGAUUUUUUUUUUUUUUUAAUGUAAUCUAGUGAUCGAAAAAUAUAUUUUACAGCAAAACUAUUUGCCCGAAGGCUGAGCGUUAAAUUAAAAAUCUUUAAAUCGUUCAGUUGUAUUUUUAAUUUCUUUAUCUAUAUGAAUUAAUGAAUAGAAUUUGUGAACUAUUACUGUUUUUAACUUUCACGAUUUUGACUGAUAUCCAUUGAAUCUGUAUGCAACGGGCCCGGGCAUUUCAGUGUGGCCAUCUCGGCAUAAAGAUUUUUUCAUAAAAUAAUUUUCUGCGACAUAAUAUAAUUUUUCAAUAUGAGUUUUUUAAGCGGAAUAUUACAUAAUUUAAGUAUGAUGAAUUAAAUAUUUUAAUUUUAAAUAUAAUUUCUAUAGUUUACCUAAUUAUAUUAUUACAUAUUUUAUAAUUGAUAAAUAUAUGAAUAUAUUAUAUUUUUAUUGUAUAUUUAUACUUGUAUUGUAAAUGGCAUUACUAUUAUACCUAACAUAAAUUAAAAAUGACAACGAAUAUAAUAUGUUUAAAUAAAACAAAUAUCAAUUAAUAACUGUAAAUAACUUUUAACUUAUAAAUAAACGUCAAAAUGACCAUACGCCGAAACGGACCUUCGCUAAAACGGCCCUACGCAGAUAUGGCCACGCCGAAAUGUCCUAAACCACGUAUACAAUAUAUACACGGAGUCCCACGAAGAUAUACCCAUUGUAAUAUCUCCGGAGAUAGUAAAGAUAAUCAAAUUCCGUGUUAUUAUUAUUUUUUUUUUUUUUAAAUAAAUCUUCUAUCAAAACAUACAAAACUUAAUUGAAAUAUAUAUAUAUAAUAUAUUUUUAGUCCUUAUCCCAGUAAGUAAUCUACAAAAAACCCAGAAUUUCAUUAUGUUUAUUAUCUCCGGAGACAUUACAAUGGGUAUAUUUUCGUGGGACACCCAGCAGUAUACUCGUAUAUAAUCUGCGAGCGCGUCACUGUGGAAUUCAGCUUUGUGGUUUUGUCAGCGUUAGUUGAAAAUUGUCUCGUAUAAUAUAGUCAUGAAAUAAUAAUAUUUACCACAUCUUCAUGCACGGUCGUUUGAACACUUUGAACUCUCUCGCGAUCGUCGUUCAAAUUAUAAUAUAUAUUGGCCGAGUGUAGACAUUUCGGCAGAUAAUUUAGAACGAUGUGUCGGGUAUCGGUGUAGCGUUAUUUCAUUUAACUUCCGUACCUAUAUUACGAGUAUAUAUUAAUAUGCUACCGAAUACCGCGAACGGGCGGACGUAUUUUCGAGUAAUCGCGAAGUCGUAUUAGUAUAACCUUCAAAUAUUGCAUAAGCAAGUACCAUAAGUGACGGCACCGGAGACUUAGCUAAGCACGUUUCGUAACUAGAGAGUGUUAGUAAAGAAACAACUGCAAUACUACGGAUAUUAAUAGAGGAUAUGUUUAGGAGUUUCAAUAAUAUGUGUAGUAUUUGGGCUACAUAUAUCACGUUUUAUGAUAUACAUAUAUAUAAACGUUGUACAACGAGCUACGGUACACCGUACUAAGCUGCGACUUGCACAUUUUCUCCCUGAAACAGCUUUAAAAUCCGUCUCCUAUAAUGCUCACAGUGGUUAAUUAAAGAAACUUUAUUGAACUCGAAUAGACCCACCGUAGGGUAGAAACGUUUAGUGUUGAAAUCCGAUAAAAAAAAACACGGAACGUGGGUAAUUUAAUUUAAACGCAGAUUUUCCGCAUUUAUUUAUGAAACUAUAGAAUCUACCUAUACAAAUAUAUAAUUUAGUUUUGUUUAUGUAUAUUAUCAUUUUUAUCUUUUCAAAUGGUUCGCUAAGUGUCCGAUUUGACAGUCGUUUCAGAGAGAUAGUCUGUGGGUGGACUAUUGUGGGUAAAUUUAAGAAACAAAAAAAAAACAAACUGUAGAAAUCUCUAAAAAUUGUUAUAUAUUCUCUUUAAAUAUUUCUUUAAAAUUAAUAUAAGUCAGCGACAAAAUGAAAAUAAUUUGCAAUUUUAAGAAGUUUUAAAAGUAAUAUUACUGUAUACUUUUCAAAGUUAUUUUUUAUUAAGUCUGUUUUUGUUUUUUAAAUAAAAAAAAAUGUUUUUUUUUCACCUUUUUAGUUACCUACUUAAUUAAAUAUGAAUUGGGCAAAUUGGAAAUUUAUCAGCACUACUACUGGUAUGAUCGAGUUUGGUGACAAGGAAUUAUAAAAUUGAAUCUUUUUAUGGAUAUAAUAUUGUGUACUCGUACGAAUCAUGUUACUUUGCGUAGUGUUGUUGGGAUAUUUACCUCAUAAAAUCUUCAUGUAUUUUUCGUCUUAACUAACUCGCAACACACGUUUAGGUAGCGUUAACAUCUGAAAUUGUUCUCUCGUACCAGUCAUACCUCAUAAAAGCUGCUCACUUGGAGUCAGGACUACUCACUUUACUAUUACCGUUAGAUAGCUCAAUUACCAUUUUUUCGAGUUCCGUGAUCACAUGAGACCACCUGUGAAGUGUAUUCUUUUUAACAAAAAGAAAAUCUUCGAAAUCGAUACAUAUUUAUUGAAGUUUAGCGCACACAUACAUAUAGAUACACAAAAAAAAAACCGCUGAAUAUAUGAUUAUCAUAACCUCCUUUUUAAAAGUAGGUUAAAAUACAAAUGUACUUAUUUCCAUAUACGAAAGUAACUUUUAAAUUAUUAAUAUUUUUAUUUGCGAUAUAAAAUACAAUGUCUAGGCGUUAUCAAAGAAAUGUAAUAAUCUACUGUAUAGGAAUUAAUAUAUAAUAUUUAGCAAUUUAAUGUCUCUCUCUCUCUCUCUCUCUCUCUCUCAAUCUAUCUAUCUCUCUUUCUCUCUUCGAGUUAUCAAUCUUUCGAUUGUUUAACUGCAGUACUUCAAAUUUUCGACAGUUCCAUUCAUUUUGUUUAACGUAUGUAUCUGUACACCAUGCUUGGCCUUCCUCGACCAACCUGACCCUCCGCGCUAUCAUCCAUAAUUAUCUUAUAGGGGAAAGUGAAAGCGGAAACUAUGAAAAAGAACAGGCGGACAAGUCACGGGAAAACACUUGACGAACUAAACAGCGGACAACUAAUAUUGCACAAUAGGUACUACUAAUAUAGCACCGUAACACACCAGUAUAACAGUAUACGGUUGUACGUCCUACGAUUCCUGUUUACGAGUUUUCGCGUACUUCAAACUACGGCUAAACUGUUUUUUUAUUUUUUUUUUCCGCAAUAAGAUCGGCGGUUUCCCGCUUUACUCUUGUCAACCGCCGUUAUGCUCAGUGGCGCGCUGAACGUUAUUUUUAUACUUGAGGCGAAACAAAACCAACUUAGAACCCGCCCAAUUGAAACACCGACAUCCUACAAAUAAUUACGGCGAAAAAAUGUAUUGAGCUACAUCGACUGCAUAACGUCAUAUGCGCAUAAGAGUGGAUUUCACUUAUAUUACCAAUAAAAUACACAAAACUAAACACGUCCCGUGACCCCCGGACCGGUGGGUAUCGAUCAACAUCGUUCGGCGUAUUUGAUCGGUCACCCGCCGCCCGCCCGUUUUGUUCGCGAGGCGAUCGCCCGAAAGGACAACCCACACCACGGCACGCCGCCGCCGCACCCACCACUUGGGAGUGUUUGCGUUUCCCGUCGUAUCCGUGUUAUUAACGUUAUCGAUAACGCGUUAUCGUUCUGUGACGAGGUGAACCGGUAUAGUCGCAGGAAACCGACAUGUCGUUCGGCGACGCGUUCGAAAAAAAAAAAAAUAAAAAAAUAAAAAUGGUACCGAAACGACGUCGGGUUCGGGCCGUCGCGGGAAAAAAGCGGUUACGCCGCCGCCGGUGAAUCAAAACGGAUCGGUAAUAAUAAUAAUGGGGCAUUACGUAUUCCGCGCGGUCGGAAAUUAACGUCGGGACGGAUUUCGCCGAAAACUCGACGUACCGCCGCACCGACGCAGCCGACGGUUUUGUAAUUAAUCAGUAUCGCGCUCGUGUCGGGGGGGAGGGGGGUGGGGGGUGACGGAGCCGCGGACGGUGGAGAGGUGGAUGAGUGGGGGAGGGGGCGAACCGUAUUACGCCGUGGGUAAAUAAUUGGAUUUCGCCGCGCGCAUGCGCAUGCGCGCGCGGAUAUUAUUAUAAUAUUUUUAACGGUAAUUCGCCGAACUCCCGAGUCGUAAUUGCGUUGCGACCCACGGUCUUAACAAUAACCGCCGAGACGUUGAAACGACGGCGGCGCGUUUGAUUUAUUGAAAAACGAUUCUUGUCCCGACGCGCGCGCGUCUUCUCCCCCGGCCCGGCGAAAACUCGUUCCUUCGCCGCGGCCGGCGCGACCGAUCGUGUGGUCGCGCCGGCCAAUUCGGAGUGAUCAUCCGCGGCGGCGGCGGCGGCUUCCGAUUUCAACGCGUAAUUAGGUUGGGGCCCCGGGCGCCGGACCGACCGUACGAAAUGUCUCGCACGCUCAAUAACGCCGACGGCAGCAACGAUAAUAUUAGUAGUAAUAAUAUUAUCGUCUCCUCCGUUUUUACCGUUAAUUUCCAGUGGAAACUAAUAACCGUAUCGCAUUGCACGUCGCGUAUGCAAACGGCGUACCGGCCACGAUACGCGUGUGAUCGUCGCGGACGGCGACUGCGGGAAAGCCGGUCCUGCAGUGGAUAAUAAUCGAUAAAUCCGUCAAGACCGUAAAACCGUUCGUGCAUUCCGAGUGCAAACCCGCCCCUCUGUGAAUCGCGCGCUACGAUACAAUAACGUUGACCCCGCCGGCGAUCCGGGAGUCCGCUAUUGUAACGCGAAAACGCGAUUCGGUUCGCACGCGUCGUUUUCCGUCAUUCCGUCAAAUAACCGUUGUCGUCGAUCGGCACCCUACCGCCGGCGGCGGUGCCAUCGUCGCUGUUUACUCAACGCGUUUCGCCAACCCUCCCCCCCCCCACGCCGCCCGACGAAACGUACGUAUGCUGUAUCCGUUACACCGGCACACGUUUCCCUCCCCUGCCGGUCGGCCAUUUUUCGUUCGCUUUUCCUCCGGCGACUGUAAUAUAAAUUUAUAGGCUGCGCACACCUCGCACUCGUGUGUGUCCGUGUGUGCCGUGCGUGUUAUAUUUCACUUCUCGCGUGUACGGCCAAGGGGGGAACGUGUACACUCGGACCGCGUCGCGUUCCGCAGGGCUUUCGCCGGGGUCCGAUCGAAUUCCGAUUUUAUAACGUUAUUGGCCGGGCCGGCGCGAGCAUUCCGAACCCGACGUUCGUUGUUUCGGUUUUUUUCACAGUGCUACAACAACGUGACUACCGUAACUACCCAACCUAACCGUAACGGAUGAUACGGCGUUUUUUUAUAUAUAUAUAUUUUUUUAUCGAAUUCUCUCCCGCCCUCCUCUCCCCCCCCCCGGAAAAUAGAAUUGUGUCGUGUCCGCGGGCGUAUAUAUAUAUACGCCGUGUAUGAUACAAUAAUAUACACUUUUGGACACCUUACGCGGGUCGAACGAGCUCAAAUUCGCCAAUCAGAGUUUGUGGUUCGAUUGAAACUAUACGUUUCGCGAUUCGGAUUUCGUUAUGAAUUCCGCCGGGUUGUUGCGAAAGGAGGGUGUUUUUAUUUUUUUUUUUUUUCGUAACUAAUAAUAAUGUGUGUAGUGUAAUAGAUUAUAUCAGUAUUGUAUUUUUACGUCGGGUUAUUAUCGAUUUACGAAAAAUAGUAUAUUUUUUAUAGACCGGGUACAUUAUUCUGCUCGAACGACGGAGCUCUGUUCGCGGGUACUUUUUGUCGUUGCACGGGUAGCGCAAUCGUCCGGCUAUGAUUUCAUCGACCAAAAAACGAGUGCAGGGGAGGGGCAACGUUGGUAGCUAUUAUAAAAAAUAAAAAAAUCGACACAAAGAUUGCGUAUACAACAUGACAUAUCGUAAUCAUUACGAUUGCCUAAGUAGAUACGAGUAUUUUUUUUUUUUUUUACGUAUAGUUGUAACAGGUGGUCGCGUGCAAAUUAAUUUCCGAUUUCGCUGCUGUUGAUAAUGACGAUAAUAUUAUAGUAUUAUUAUUAGAAAAAAUAAUUACCGGGUUGCAAUUACGUGAUAUGCGUAUAAUUACGCGAAACCGUCCGAUCGAUUUUCACCCGUAGUCGACGGUAUUGUUUGUCAAAUACAUACAUAUUGUCAUUAUCAUACCGAUUGGCAUUGUUCUCACGCCCGGGGGAGUUAUUAAAUUUUUUAUCAACCGGUCAGUCACGCAGUUGCGCCCCUGUUUUUUUCCCCCCGGUAACCAAGUUAAACGCCUUAAUACAGUUUCACGUGAAAUACGCGACUAUUUAAUAUUCGUUUUGCAGUAGUAUUGAGAAUGUUAAAUAUAUAUAUUUUUUUUCCUAUUGAUCAAUAUUAUUCGGGUCAACAAAUCCUCGCCCGACAAAUUUCGUUUAAUAUUUUAAUAUUAUAAAUAAUGUAAAGUUUAGAGAUAAAUAUUAUUUUCUGGCAGUGUUCACCCCAUAGCUUUUGUUUACUAUAGGUGAGUAAUUUAUCGAAUUUUCCAGUCGAACAACUCGGAAAUUACUGAAAACUAAAAUAAAAAUGGAAAUGACAUCGUGAUAAAAUGUUAUGUUAAAAUAUUCGAAUUCGGUUUAUCGAAUGAAAAAUGUCAAAAACUCCCCAUUCGUAUAGACAUUAUCAGGAACCGUGCUGUUUACAUGCUGAAUUCUAUGAUUCAUUAUUAUCUUACAGACAAGUAUAGUUUUUUUUUUUAAAACAAAACUAUACUUAUUGCCGAAUCAGAUGGCGGAAUGGCAUGCAAUGGGAAACUGUACGCAUAAUAUUUAAGAGUUUCGAGAAAAAUAAAUGCCUGUAUUUUUUUUAAAUUUAUAAGAAUCAAGGGAGGGGAUGUCGAAAUUCAAGAAAACCCUACGAGAUCAGACGUAGUUAUCCGCGAAAACGAAAACUUCACUAUAUUAUUUUGACUUUAUCGGGUAAAGUAUCUUUAUGUAAUUAAUUAAUAGUCUUAUAUUUUCGCUAAUUAAAACGAAUCAAGAGUAUUCUCAAAAAGUCAGCGCGUACAUAAUAAUAUAUAGGUUUUUUUUUUCAUCAAAAGCAACGAAUUAUCAUCGCAUUUCAAAAACGAUUCUGCGUAAAAUAUCCCGUAAAACUGUGACAAAAUUAUUAUUAGUUAUUAAAUCGUUUUUCUUUCGUUUGAUGAUGUGUUUUAUUAAAUUGUCCUCGAUUUGCAUAAUAUACCGUGAGUAUACGGAACCAAAACUGCACGAAAUUGAACAUUUCAACGUAAAGUACGAAUAUUUUGAACGUAUAAUAAUAGCUAGGCGUGUCUGAAAAAACCACGCACCCAGAAUUUCUAAAUUAUAAUAUCCACCCGAAUUUUGGAUAUAUUAUUUUUAUUAUUAUUAUUUCUUGAUUCUUUGUGCAUCGACGGGAAAGAAAAUUAAAUUCCGUUCUUCUUCCAUACGCCCGAUAUGAAAAAGAAAUUUAAAAAAUAUGGCACAUACCUAAUCUAAAAUAUUUCAAUAUUGUUCCUUCUGUUGCUUUAGACCAUAUCACUCGCUUGAGAGCUCACGUUUGGAACUUAAUCGGAAAUAACUUUAGACGCAAAAUCACGUCGGUAAUGUUAGCGUGGAUAAUUGUCUACGUUUUUUUCCGUAGAAUUUCGCAUUUUGGUUAACACGGUGGAAGAACCGCCCGAGGAUCAAAUAAAACUACUUUCGAUUGAACCACGACGUUGAUCGAGAUCGAAUUAUAAAUGUUAUUAGUAUCGAGAUAAUUUGUUUGAUAACGUACAACUAUACAAGUAAUCUGAUAAUUCUCCGACUCAUAAUGAUUGAUUUAUGUACGGUUAAAAAGAGUGAAAGUAUCAAAAGAAGUUUUUAUAUUAUUAUUAGUCUCUCUUCUAAAUUUUGUUGAGAUAUCUCGAUAAGUGAUUGCGCCCAAACAAUGGGACUUUUUGUACAUUUUUGCGCGAACGGUUGGCGUCAGCCAAAGUCAUAAAUUCGAAAAUUGGGGCUACCGCUUUAGUUUUUAUAAUAAUCUGGUAAGUUUUUGUGAUGAUGCGAUUGCACUGCAAAAAAGGAAACGUCUGUAUAUAAACGAUUGCCGCGUUUAAAAAAUUGAAAUUUUGAAUAUUUUCAUUGAAAUGAACCUCGCGAAAUUUGUUUUCGAAAAAAAAAAAAAAAAAGUAAUUAUUGAAAUUCGGAUAAAUAUUUUUGGUAGAAAAACUAAAUCAAAAAUAAUUAAUUUUUUAACGCUAUAAAUUUAUUCGUUUUUCUUUUCCGAUUACUAUAACGGAAACUACUCGGAAAAUCGAAAUAUUACUCCGCUCAACUGUACAAACUAUAAAACCGAAACGCUACAACAAGAUUUCUGGGUUGGAAAAGUCGAUAACAGGCAACAGGAAACAAAAAAGACGCACACGCGCGCGCCAUGCGUUAUAAUAAAACCAAUACCUACACACCCGUUGUGUUGAACGUGUUCCGCGCGUAAUUUAAAACAAUAACGCUUCGAAACCAUCGACACCCAGAAGACAAAGGGGAUCAUAAACGUUUAAUAAUCAAAAUUCGUCGUUACAGUAUACACGCGAUGCAUUGUGUGUGCGUACGAUCGUCGGCCGGUUUACACACGAUUUCGGUCCGACGGCUGCGUAAUAAUAUAAUACGGGGUUUAUGCAAAUCGCCGCGGUUCGCAUGUAUACGUUGACACCCGCAUUAUGAUCUCGCAUUGUAAUAAUAUUACAUAUUAUUAUACCUCCGUGUACCUGUAUGCAAAUAAACCGCGAUUGCCGCAACAACAGUCUCGGAUAUACACUUUUGCCAAAACGGACGCCGUCGUCACGUUCGCGGUCGUAAUACCGAGCAAAAGCGAAGAACGUGCGUGCGUAAUGCCCGUGUAUCACAAUAUUCGCGGAUGGUCACGUUUUUACGCACGCGGGCAAAAAGCAUAAAAAUACUGUUACAUAUAUUCAUUUGUAUGUGUGUGUGUGUGUGUGUGCGCGUGUAUUCAAAGAGGUCCAUAUCGUACAGACGGGGACAUUUUUUUUUUCAAUUUUUCGUCGGGCUAUCCCCAGAAUUUAUUCAAAAAUAUAAAAACAUUUACAAUUUGUGUUAAGUUCCGUAAAUAUUGAUAAACCCCGUAUCAAAACGGUUAAAGUUCCAAAAAAAAAAACAAAAAAAAAACGGAUAAGCAACUUUUCUAUCGGAAACUUUUUUUUUUUACAUUUUGUAGUUGCGGCGUAAUGAGAAGAUUAUUUUUUAAUCUCUAUUGUAGUUUUCAGAAUAAUUGAAAAAAAAGAAAAAUGUAGGUAGAGUUUCAUUUUUUUCAUUAUUCGGUUGAAAAUCAUAGAGAUCUGAAAUUUAUACAGAAUACUUAUAGCGUUUUCCACAUGACUGCGUCUGAUGCACUGGUGCACGUUGUUCUAAAUCGGGUGCGCGGAUGUGUUAGGGACAAUCUUUUUUGUGUUUCCACUUCCAUACACUUACUACAGUUUUCACACUCAGUGCAUUGAUAAUCGAAAGUGUUCCUAAUAACUACGAUGGACUUUAUCAAAUUACUGAUAAUAUCAUUGAUAUUAUAAGCAAAACCUAUAUUAUUUUGACAUUAUAAAUCAUGUAUGGCCGAUCGCUCCGUACCUAUAGCACUGUGAUUGUGAACAACCAGAAUAUUUUGAAAACAUUAAAUUUGAACAGUUAUUAUUUGUAUACUUAUACGUAUUAUUUCAAUUUCCAAAUUAAAAUUUUCCAUUCAAAAAAAAAAACAAUAAUAAUUACAAAUUUCGAAAUUCACCAAACUAAAUACAAGACAAGCCGUAUGCGACUACAUGCAUAAAAAACACGCCAUUCCACGAUUUGACAUUAUAUAUUCCAAAACACAAAACCAAUAAAUCGUAAUCGAAUAUAGAGUAAAUUCUCCUUGGGGUAUUUUGAUUUCUAGAACCAUCCAAUCCUCUCUGUGAGCUGCUCUUGUACUUUCCAACCUGACCCUCCGUUUAAAGUUUCCCCGUUGUUUCUCACCACGUAUCCAUCGUCUUAAACGGAGGCCCCCGAAGGGUAUCUCAAUUCUGGAUCCUCUUCCGAAACAGCGCGUAAAAAUAGAGGGUUCUGACUUAAAGAUUUUGCCAAUCGUGACCGAUCCAUUGUAAUCUUCUACUCAAACGUAAACAUUGGAAUACGUUAUGUUUCUGCAGGGAAAGUUCCUCUAGCUCGUUCUGUUUCCACAUUCUCCAUUCACCGGUUUAGAAUCGUUCAAUUAGAACUGCUGUAUUUAUAAUAGUCUCGAAAAUAAAACCAUUAAACGAUUCUAUAUACCUUCAGUGACUGGUAAAAAUCCACAUCAAUUUCACUCAAAAUCAUCAUAGAUAAUCGCUGGAUCGCGAAUAAGUACUUAAAGGCGAUCAUUGGGAGAGGAUAAACGAUUUUUUUCAAAUAACCUAAUCCGUCCUAAAACUCUUAUACCUAUUUCUUAUAAUACUUAUUUUGAAUUAUAUAACCGUUUGUCAAACGCCAAAUUUCAUUCUAUAUAAAUUAAAACUUUUUUUAGUUGGAAAAAAAUAUAAUAAGUUAGGUAAUUUUAUAAUUAUAAACCAAAUCCAAGCAAAUAAUUAUCAAAACGUUGGGUGCAUAAUAUAAUAAUAUAGCAGAUAAUAAUAUCUCUUAUACAGCUAUGAUUUUUUAAACGAUUUUUAAAAUUUGUUUUUUUACAUCAACUGAAAUUUCGAGAUAAAAGUCUGUAGGUACCUGCAUAGAAUUCACUCAAAAGGCAUAAAGUCAACAUUCUAGUGUUGUUCACUCGGCGAGUUCGUCCCAAUUAAAAAGCUCCGGAAAAAUGCAUAAAUUAUUAUAUUUCCAGACGAUUCCUUCUUUACACUUUGCACACAAAAAAAUAAUAAUAAAAACCGUACUCCAGACCGCGUGGAUGAAAUUACAUUUCAUAAAAUAUUAAAAGUCAUAGCGCAUACGUCAUCGUUGCGUAUAAUUUAAUUAAACGCAAGUAUAUAACUGUUAACAAACGGAUGUCAAUGUUUCGUAAAAGAGUAACUCUGUUUUUUUUUUUUUUAUGUUUUUCAUUUCUUACGGAGAUUGAAAUAAAUUACAUAAAUAAAUCACGGUAUCAGUUAAAUGGAUUACACGCAACAAUAGCACAGCAGCGCGUUUGAAAUAACGCAGUCAGCUUAGGCAAGGUAAAAAUUCCAAUGGGUUUGAUAUAAUAAUAAUAAUAUAUAGGCAGUAGAGAAAAUAACCGCGAAUCGUUUUGUUACAGAAUAUUUGACUUCUGACGAGUGAUUCCGAUUGAAACAAUUGAUUUUUCAGUCCGUAAACGAAUAUAAUAUUAUAAUGUUACUGCCAUACUCGUUCGUUAGUAUAUUUUGUACUCGGUGAACCGUGACGAAAUUUUUUCGAGUCCGGACAUGUUGCCGACGGAUACCGGGUCGAAAUCGCUGAAAAAAUAUUCAUAAAGUCCUCAACAUAUCAAUAUGUUAAACAGAUAUACAUAUAAACAAACUAGAUAGCUGACAACGAUACUAUAAACGAGACUGAUCACCAUUUAUUAAGUGUGUAAACACAAUGUUAUCAUUAAUUGAUAUACAGUAUCAUUUUUAAACAGACAUUGCUUCUAAAUGUUCAAAUAGCCGUAGCAUUCUAAAUGAACGUUUUCUAUACCUACUCUACUGUUUUAUAAAAUAAGCUAUUUACAUCAGUAGGGAAUAUUGUUAUUAUAAUUAUUAUAUGCGUUCGAACCAGUGGCGUGUUGAACGAAUUUUCGGUGAAGAGCGAAAAAAUACCCAUUACAACAGAGUUUACUACUGAGGCCUACGAUGCACACGUUCGUACUGAAUUGUUGAACUAUAAUUAACAGGUUUUAUGCGGUAGAGUGUUGGACGUAUGUGACAUAAGUUGUUCGAACGGAAAAAUUAUUAUAUCGCCGGCUGAAUCUGCGGCACCGGGUCGACGUGAGUCCCCAAAGAAUAACGAUGCGUUUUCAACCAAUCGCGCGGCCUCGUCCGUAUCGAAACAAUCGCUCGGGCGAGGCGUAGGGGGAAAAAAAAAUCAACUGUUCGGUCGUUUGCGCAUUACGAGCUUUAAUAAAACAAAUACCAUAUGCCGUCGGUCAAUAACGCGGACUCUCUAUGUAGGUACGGAUAUUUUUUUCGACUUAUACGAUAGCUAGACCGUUUGUACCGGUCUCGAAUACAUAUUGUGUUCGUUUCGAAAAUAAAAGACCCACAGCGUCACGAAACCGAAUAAAAUCAAGCCCGCGCGCGAGUUCUAUUCGGUAUUCGCAAUUUUUCUUUAUGCCGUAUUCGAAUUUCUCGAUUUGAAAUAACCGAAACAAACAAACUGGGGGGGAAAAAAACCUAUAUUAUGAGAUACUUUUCGGUGUACCGUACUUCCUGAUAUUUUGAUAUUUUAAAUCUUGAGCGGAGCCCAGAAUAUAUUGGUUUUACUAUGACGUGUGCUUAUUUUUGUUUUUUUUUUUAUGUGUCUGUGAACAACGUUUAUACCGGAAAUAUCGCCCCAAUAUGCUCGCAUAUGUAGCGUAUUUUUCUAAAAGAUGAUUUUAUCUUGAAAGUGCAUGAACAUGUCGUAUUUGAAUUUUCUCAUAUUUUUCUUAACAAUCGGGUAAAGACGGGAAAGCGUACGAAAAUAACGGUCUCGUUAUUUUUGAUUUUGUUGCGAUUCGGUUAAAAAUAGUUCUAGAAACGUCAGAUUUUCACCUGAAUACUGACAUCGGCGUUUUACGGACGCGGUAAACUCUCCGUUUAAUACUUAAGUUAUUUUUGUUUGGUAUUGAUCGAAAUUAAAGAAAACACGGCGAUUCGGUAAAAGUUAUUUUUCUCUACAGAACAAAUGCAAUGUCACUUGCUGCCUUUUGUCUUUUGGCAAGAGGGCAGUGUACGUCACUGCAAAUCGAAGGACACCUUAUAUUAUAGCGGUCUCGAUAUAGUUCAUCGUAGCGCUAUUAUAUUAUAUAAUGGCGACGGCGGCGGACCGUCUUACUUUUAAAUGACACGUAAAAUGUACAUAAAAUAAAAAGAAAGGUAUAGUCCUCAUCGAUAUUAUAACGGUGCGCGUCGAUAGCACACACACACACACACACACACAAAAAAAAAAAAAGGUAUAUUAUCCAAAGAAAAACUUGCACGCAACAACGGAAUGGACAUGAAAUAUAGUAAUGGUAUAAACUGCAUAUUAUAUUACGAAUUCGCAAACUGACGGACGACGCCCUCCCGAUACGCAUGCGUGUAACAAAAGUACGUUUUUAUUAGGCAAUAACUAUAGUCAAUAUAAAUGGCUCCUCAAUAGAAGCGAUUAGUACCUGCGCUCUUUUUUUCAGUCAGUUAUCGGGAAUAAUCGAAUCAUUUGGUUCCAAACGAGUCCCGUUAAAACACAUAUUAUAAUAUUAAAAACGACGUCCUAGGAUAAUGGGGACGGGCGCAGCAACUGUUAUAGAUAAUUUAAUGUAUACCUGUAAGUAACAAUAAGCCAUUGCUUACGAAAAAACGAUUCUGAGCGGAGUUCAGUUGAUAGUGAUGCUUUGUCAACAAUAAACAAGUCAUUUUAUAAUAAAAUAAUUAAAUAGGCUUCAUAUAUUUUCUCUAAUGAUAUGUGUUUAAUUUCGUACCAAUUUUCCCAGUUUUCCUACGUUUUUCUAGGUUUUCCCAUGUUUUAUCUCGGUUUAUGCCACUUGAUGAGAAAACUUUUAAGAAAAUCGAAAAAUUACCCCCUAAUAAAACUUUCCACACCGAUUUCCUUUCAGAAAACGUGUUACACUUAGAAAUCUGAGCAAGUCGUCUGGUAGAAAAGUUGCGCACAAAUAAAAAAAAAUAAUAAUAACAUCUCUGUAAAACCACAAGCUUCUUCGUUUCACUCAGAAUCUAAUAUGAGUCAGUACUUACAAACUAAAAUUUCCUUAUUAUUAAAAAAGAAUUACUCAAAUAAGGAUUCGGCAACAAUAUAAAAAUAUCCAAUUAGAUACUUAUCAAAGUCUUAAAAUGGAGAAUAUAAAAAUGUUAAAGUUACUUUGCAUACCAUAUUUUAUAUUAUAUAUAUUUUUAAUUAUUUGGAACGAAUCUUACUUAAUAACUAUUUUUAUCGCAUAAUAAUAUGACGUCACACUAUCUGAACAGUGAGUUCAGAUUGAGAUUUCGUAGAGAAAUUGCUAACAUAUUAUGUUCAAAUCAUAAAACAUCAGAAAUUAAUAACAUAUUGUAAUCAAAGUAUUAAAACCUCGAGGCUAUAAGAAGGGACUUAUAAAAACGUAAUAUAUAUUUACAUUGUAGAAACGCAAGGAUGUGAAACUCGUGUUAUAAAUAAUACCGAGAAGAAAAAAAUACUUUAAAUUUUUGUGACGCCGGAAGCGUAAAUAUAAAUGAUAAGUUGGACGUAAAAAGAUACAAGGGAUAUUUAAGGAAAACUUACGCAUCGUACGGCGCUACUCGUGGAUCUGAUUAAAGCAAGACGUUAGGGAAUAUUAAUUUCCUACUGUAAAUCGACUGCCCCGAGACACAAAGAAACCUAUAUAAAUAUAUUAUAGGGCAUAAUGUCUUUUAUCUCAUGUUCUUUUUAAUCAUUCGUGAGGAGAUGACUGCAAGGCGAAUUCGUAACUUUCUUAUAUACCGGGCAUACAUUUAAAAUUAUGCAAAAGACAAAAUAUUUAACAAACUGAAAUAAAAUGCGAACAAUCGAUUAAACGGAGAAAAAGAAUUGUAUGCCAACAAACGGGUUGAGAAAAAAAUAUGCACCUACCAAACAAAAUGUGUUAUACCAAUACGGAAUAAUCCAUGCCCAUCGUACAUUUUGUAUAGCCAACUUGCAGCGCCCGAAAUCAUAAUACACAUGUACCCGAAAUAUGUUUAAUAAAAGCACACAACAAUUUUCAAUUUUUUUUUUAAAAAAUUCAUUAAUAUUUUUUUCUCAUGUAGAAUUGUCAAGCAUUUCUAAAAAUUAUGUAAAAAACUCACAAAACUUAAAUGUCUAUACAUAUCUAAAAAAUUAGCUCAAAUGUUUGGAAAAUUUAACUCUUCUGAAAAUGCAAAUGUAAGUUUUCUGUCCAAAUUUCGAGUUUACAAUAUUUUUAAACUUGAAUUUUGGAUCUAGUUGCUCAUAAAAAAAUCGGUUUUUGAUUUUCUGUAGUUUUUAAGUAAUACCGAUAAUAUGUAGAAAGAAUUUGAAAAUGUACAAAGUUACUUUUAUUAUUUUUAACUUUGUUUUUUUUUUGUUAUAAUUUUUUUAUAAGUAACUAGAUCCAAAAUUCAAUAAAAAAGGUGUUUUUUUUGUUUUUCUAUUUGAACAAUAUUUCUGGUAAAAUCUUGGAAAAUCAAAACGACUUACGUACCAACUAGUUAAAAUUUCUUUUCGGAAAAGGUGCUACAUUGGAGCAAGAUUAUAUCAUUUUAAUACCAAUAUACCAAUACAUUUCUCGCUGUACGCUCCGAAUCUUAAGUAAUGGAUACAAUUUGGACGUAUAAAACUAUUAAAACAAAUAUUAUCAAGUUAUAACAGUCUACUUAUCUGCUUAAUCUACAAACCUAUUCUCGUUCAUAAGAUUUAGUUUUUUUCAUUUUUAAGGUAGUAUCUUAUCAUAUGGGUGAACGCGUUUGUUCAAAUUGUUCAAAGUACAUUUGGGCUAUUCUCAGAUUAAGCUUAUCAAAAUACUUAUAUCUCUGUAUAUAUCAAUGGUUGAAGUCUUCUGCAGCGGGUCAAAUACUGGUUGACAGAUAAGAAAUAAUAAUACUCUGCUCAGAAGCUAAAAACGUAAACUCCUGGGUUUUGUUUUAGAGCUAGCUUUGAACCUCAUAAGCCACGAAUAUCACAAAAGCAACUUUUACAAAAACAGCGUUUAUACGACGAUAUAUUAUGUACGGAAAGCAGAGUGAUUUUCGGUAGAAACGUGUAUGAAAGUGCGACGCGACGCCCGACAGUAAAAUAAAACGAAAGUGUGCGACAAUAGUCAUUAUCGCCGUCAUAGUCUCGCGAUAGUUGCUUCUGAGGUAGUUCGAACAGUUACUCUCCACCCUGUUUUCACGACGACGACUAUAGUUUAUAUUUAUGUAAUAGUAACUGUAUUAUCGUGGUUGUGGAUUUUCGCAAUAAUCACGUUAUAGUAACUAUAUCACCGUGUAUUAAUGUUUCUAAUAUUUUAAACGCGAAUUUCACGAAAAUCGGGUGUGUCGAUACUGAAACGUAUAAUAUAGUCCUUAUGGUAAUCUUAUAAUAAAAUACAAAAAGGUCGGCGAGGGAAAAAUCGAUUUUCGUCCUGCGCCGAAAACCCGAAAAGCCGUCGGUUUUUUGCGGGUCGUGGUCCCGUCCACGAUAAUAUUCCCAUAAACGUAUUAUUAAUUCAAGGUUCGAAAACAUUUACAUAACGGUAUACUUGUCAAAAAAACGAUUGAAAUUUGAUAAACGUAACUAAGCAGAAAACUAUAAACAAAAAAAAAAAAUAAAAUAAAAUAUCGUAAAACAAAAAGUACCUAACGUAAAAAAAAAAAAAAAUCAAUAACAUCAUUAAAUAAUGUAUAACGUUAAUUUAACCCGUUUGUUUUUUAUUUUAAAUUGGUUUUCCAUUUACCAUUAAAUUAUGAAAAAUACAGAUUUAUUAUUAUCAUAGAAUAUUCGGAAUAACAAUCCAACCGCUUUAUCUAGAGCUAGUAAAUGCAAUGUUGUCGGUGAUUUUAUUUAAAUUGAACGAUUUAUAUUCAAAGGACUAUUGUGGAUUUUGGAAAAGCUGCAAAUUUACCGAAACCAUAGUUCGAAUACGCUGUAGACCACUUGUGUGACUAUUCUAUGGCAUCUAUACCUAUACACUAUUUUUUUUUCCUUCUGAAUGUUUCUGAUUGCGGUUUAUGUUAAAAUUAUAACACGAGUAUUUGAGUUUUAUUACUAACGCGAACAAAGUACUACCAUUUACUAUUACUAUUGUAUCUACCAAACAAUGUACAAGACGUGUACCCAGUGUAUAGAAAUUAUAAUAUUAAAAUAAAUAGAAAAACGGCCUAAAAAAUGAUUAUAAAUAAAUAAAUACGAAACACCACUGAAAAAAUAAUAAUGUGAAAAAGAUACGUACAUACUUCGCACGAUGGAUGAGCCACUGUUAUUGUAGGUGAGAAAUUGCGAAUGUAGGAUAUAGAAGGAAAUCGAAUUUAUAUCUUUACGCAACAAUAAAUGUUUGCUAACGAAAAACGAUUCUGAGCGGAGUUCGGUUAUAGGUACAUGUUUUGGAAGGCCGUAAUAUUUACGAAUUGUAAAUAACACAUUUCGUACAUAUUUUCGUUUUUCCUACGUUUUUUCCAGGUUUUUCCCAUUUAAUAUGAAAACCCUUUGGAAAAUCGAAAAAUUAACUGUUUAAAGUACCACCCCAGACAGAUAUCUUUUCAGAAAAAGUGUUACAUUUGAAAACCGGAGCAAAAUUUUUGGUGGAAAAGUUUACGAAUAAAAUAAUAAUAAAAAAGAACUAACAUCGUUAUAAAAUAAAUUCAUUCAUCGUUCUCUCAGAAUCUUAAAUGAAAAACGAAAAACGCAAAAGUAACAUAGGCAAUGUUUUAAUUUUAAAUGACUGUAUAAAUCGAAUAUCGUUUUAAAUCAGACUAACGAAAAAGACAUUUUUAAAACGUUUUAUAACAAAAUAACGUUAAACGAUUUUUUUAUAUCAAAUUGAAGAUAAUUAAUCUCAUUAACAUAAAUUCGGUAAAGUCUAAAUACAUAUCGGACGAUUGUUAAAAGAGCAAUAGCAAAAUGAAGCAUGCCGCUUAGAAAAACGGAUAUAAACGAAUCGUACCGCAGCUGUUGGAAGUUGAGAAAAAUGCAUGCGAAAAUUCGAAAACUCGAACGUAGCGGAGCCCCAUUAUAGAAAUCUAAAAAUUCGACAUCGAAAUAUUGUCAGACAAGCCUAAUCUGUUCGCUCGGGUCGGAACUAAUUUCAGAUCUCUGUGUAUUAUGCCAUAUAUAAAUAUAUAUAUAUAUAUAGAUCCUAUUAAAAACCGGAACGUGUAUCGUGUUUUAAAAUGUUCACGAAAAACUUUCGGGAAUCUAGAAAGACAUCUCAACUAAUCACUGAGUAAUACCCCCGCGACGGAAAAUCCGCGUUUCUUAAGGUGUUAGUGUAUGUGUAUGCGGUGCGAAAGUUUUUGAGAGUUAACUAUAUAAUGAUUAUUAUUUGUAUACUAACCGGAAAAGUAUUUUUCGAUGGAAAAAAAAAACCGUCUUGGUAAAACUAAUAGCUUUUUCGCUACCCUCUGAAUUCGAAAAAGAAAAAUUAACAUCUUGUCCCUUCGAAUUCCGUAUAAGCCCCAGGGUCCGGCCUUUGAACCCUCUUAUACGGUUACGCCGCCACGGUGUAAUGUAUACAAUAUUAUUAUACAACGCUGCAGGUAUAUUAUUAUAGUCUGUAUAGAAGGGAGAAUAUACGGAUUUAUCGUCGUGAAAUAAUUAUAUUCGUGUCCACGAUAUCCUUUCUGGUCAAAUUGGUUCUCGGGUUUCACCUGCUGCAGUUGUCUUGUGGUUCUCGCGGCUUUCUUUUGAAGUUAUACCCUAAUCUUGUGUCCAACACCCGGCAACCGAGACAGCUCUUCCGCGCCCGCAACGAAAUUGAAUACGAACCGCGGUAAUUAUUAUUUCAAUAUAAUAUAACGCGUAGUGGUCCCCGAAUAAAAUUCAUUUUUACCUACUGUAACGAAAUCGCAGGGGUGCAUAUAACUUCUCUCGAUGUUGUAGGAAAAAGAACCGAGUGAAAAAAGCAAUAUUGCCCUUCGUAAAAAAAAAAAAGAAUAUAUAUUUACGUUCGAUUUUUUUCACUCUCUCUGUCGCUAUAAACUCGAUGAAGAUAUUAAAUUAUAUUGAGGUGUAAAAAAUAAAAAAAUAAAAAACUGCCCCAGUGAAGGAAAACUCGACUGCUAAAAAUGUUCGCUUCUUAUAUUAUUACAUCAUUGGAAAACUGAAAUGACACCCUUGAGUUUUAUUUCGACUACUCCGUGUAAUAUAAUAUUACGGCCGUUGGUUUUUUCCUCUAAAUAUUGUCAUUUCGGAGAAACUAUUAAAUAUUUUAAUGCUUAUACGUUAUGUUAUUGUAUUAUAAUAUUAUACUAUACGUAUACUUGUAAAAAAAUAAUUUGAACUUUCCUCUAAAAGUAAAAAUAUAAGAAGAACGUAAAACGGGAACACUUUAAUAUUUAAGUCUUAUACUAUAGUCACGCCAAUUUAAAAACUGGAUAUAAUAUAAUAGCUCCUAUAACAUCACACGAUACCAAUGUUGAAUAUCAAUUAGCUAGGUACCUUAUCAUUAAUAAAUAAUUAAAAUCAUCAAAAGAAACUUUUAUAUUAGUUUUUCAAUGCAAUAGACUAAACAUGUUUACCGAAUUAAACUUUUAGGCACGACCCGUUUCGCCCGACGUUACUUCGGCCACCACACAUCAUUGACUGCUCAAUUAAUUGCUUAUCCAAAACCAACAGUAAUACAUUUUCGUAUAAAAACCAAGCUAAUUUUUUUUGCAUUUAUUUUUCGUUGCGUUAAACGCAUACAUAUUAAACAUGUAUGUUUCAUAUUUUUUGCCUGAGAGUAAAGUAAAUACGAAUUGUAUAUAAUGACCAUUUUUAAAACCGCGCAAACAAAAUAUUUGUUCAAAGAACCUAACACGAAAUUGGAACGUGCCGGCCAUAUAAAUUGAAUCCGUGACAUUGCAUACAAAUUUCAUGUUUGUUUUACAAGAGAAAAUGCCGUGUCGAUUUUUUUUAUUAAAUAAUAAUUCGUGAAAACCAUUUGCGACUCAAUUUUAAAAUCACUGCAAUCUAAUGUUUUUGGGUGAAGCGGGAAUAGUCGAGUUUUACCGAAACGGGUACCGCUCGAUAUUUGUUUCGCUGUAUAGAUAAUGUUCAUAAAAUCAUUUUAAUAACACGUGACCUAACCUAACCUAUUAUGAAUUCUCGAAAUUAUUCGGGGUGUUUAUCGACAACGGGUACGCGAUAAUGGUAUACGUCAGAAUAUAAAGUGUUAGACAUAUGUCGAGUCGAAAUACUCGAAUUGGGGUACAUACGUUAUAUGUUAAGCAUGUACUUAAAAUAAACAACGAAUAAGCAAGUUCGAGUUUGUAAAUGUUAUCGAUUCAAAUAGAUAUAUAAACGUGUCGAGUGUACACUAUAUAUAGUUUCCCUCGUUAAUAUACGAUUAUUCAUUUAAUUGCACACGUAAGAAAAAUAAACGAAUUACUAUUUAUCCCCAUUUCGCCGCGGGAGGCGAAUGAUAUUGCGGUACUGUAAACUAAUUUUAGCAUAUGACUUUAUGGGACUGAAAUGAAUGUACAUGUAUAAGACGUGUUCACAAAUUAAUAAUUAAUUCCUAUAAAUAUAGGCGCAACUAGACCACCAAUUUCGGGAGUGUUAAAAUUAUAGACACGUCAUCAGACCCGCGGGGGGCAAUGCCUCAACAAUCCCAUUUACACAAUAACUACAAAUAAUAAUCAACUACACAUUUUCAUUUACAAUUUUUCAUAUAAAAACGUGUCAUAAUCAUUCUUUAUUUAUUUCGUCUUUAUUUUUUAUACGUGCAUUGUCUGUAGGUAAUCCGAUUGAUUAUGAAUUAUAUGGAUAAAAUAUUUAGUCGGUACUUUAAAAAAAAAGCUUAAUGGUUAUUUUCGUAGAUGCUAAAAACCACCUAGAACGCCUGCCUAGUGGCGCAUCAUGUGCCUAUAAAGUACACGGAUCAAAUUUCAUAUCAGAAUCUCGAUUUUUGAAUGAAUACCAACUUCCUAUACCGGAGCUGUUCCGUUCCGCCCUACGUCCCCCCUUCCUUUUUUUCCUGUUCGUAUCGUGUAAUUUGUAUCCAGAAAAAGCAAUUCUCUACCGGUAAUACGCGCGUUGUUUCGGAAGUACCUACUAUUAAUGCCAAUACAUGAAAUAAUCGUUGCAAUACUCUUUAACGAUCGUUAUGUUUAUUUUAUGAUACCAGCGUUACUUUAACGGUUAUUAUCGAUACUCUCCUUCUCGUAACCACAAGACAUUGAAAAAUUCGUGUUCGUAUUCUCUUCCAUUAACGGGACCUGUUUUCCCCUCCCCCCAAAAAACAUGCUUUACGGGGUUAAAUCCCUCGCCUCAUAGAGUGGGCUGAUUUCGAUAUUUUUUUUUUUUUUUGUUAACAUUUUACAGAGCACUUAAUAUCAGACUUGGAUUUUGAAAAUUAUACUUCCAAAUAUAAUUCAUAUUGCGAUUUUUAGUUGCAUAAUCAAAACCAAAGUUCUCACAAUGUGCCCUAUAAGAAGUUGUCUUCUUUCCAGAGAAGAAAUAAAACAACUCGAAAUUGGACCAAUGAAGUAGAAGAGUUCUGUAAACCACGUUUUGUGAAAAAAAUAAAUCGGCAUGGGUCCCUUAAUACGAAAAUUAAAACUGAUUGAAUUUUUUGUCUAAAAUUAUUAAGACUUUUGAAUUUUAAAUGUUGACAAAUUGUAAGAAACCCAUAAACAGGACCGUUUAACAAUUAUGAGUCCAUAAUAUAGGGAAUGGUAAGCUCCUAAAUUAAGUAAUCUCUCACAUGGGUAUAGUUUAUAAACUCCUACACGAGAUAGUAUACCAGAUACAAUAAUAUCCAAUCAUCAAUUUAAAAUAGCGGCGCCAUUUCAAUUUUAGAUUCUGAGAGGAGAAAAGUUUUCCCGAAAAAUGAGAAAAACAGAAAAAUGUACGAAAUAUGGAUAUUAGUAAAAAAAUAUUUUGGUCUUUUUAAUGCCAUGAAUGAUUUCACUAUUUUUGCUCCGAUUUAUAAUGAUAGCACUUUUUCUAAAAGGAAACACGGUAAAAUAGAUGCAAUGUUGAACAAAUAUUAAUAAAGAAAAUAUAUAAUACAUAUAAUGCAAUAUUAAUAUGACAUACAUAUGUAUGUAUUGUUGACAAAGUAACACUAUCAACGGAACUGCGCUCAGAAUCGUUUUUUCGUUAGCAAUGGUUUAUCUCGUCGUUUAUAGAUAUACAUUGAAUUAACUAUAACCCUGCAUCCGUCCUCAUUAUCCUAGGACAGCUUUUCUUUUUUUUUUUUUAUACGCAUGUGAUCAUACAGGUCACGAACUCCGUCUGGAAUUUUCGACACAACAAAAAUAAAAUCACACGUUUUUCCACACAUCUAUAAAACCAAGCACUAAAACAUUAAUCUCUCACAUUAUCUCUAAUAAAUAAUACGUUUUCAUUCACGAAUCAUCACGAUUAUAAAGAACUUAAUAACCACGAACAAUACGCGCCUGAUAUCCUGAUCAUGGUUUCGGUUUUAAUACAAAAGAAGAACAAAAUAUCAAUUUAAAAAUAAAAUAUGUAGACCGAUAAUGCGCAAACCACUGUCCAUUAUUCAGGCCGCACCAGACGCAUAGACAGGGAUUUCUAAAGGAGUUAUGAAAAGAUGCGAAAUAUUUUUUUUCAUCGUAACUAUUUAUUAAUUAAACAUGUUUACAGCGAAAUACAAGCGUUAGCCAAAGUGGAACAUUUCACAUAAUUUUUACUUGAAAAUUAAAACGUCGAAAACAAUAGCGCCAACAAUGCCCAGAUCAUAAUGUGCUUAUAUUUAAGUUUGAUAAUCGGUCAAUUAAUUUUAAUAACAAAACUAACAGAACGGUGUAUGUUGUCCCCGCCGAACGCGAAUUCGCUACGCCGUACGUUUGCAAGGCGGAGACGACACGUACGAGUUACACGCACUCUUUAGGAAAAACAUUGAGAUAGACAACAAUAUACGUAUUUUUCUUGACGGGGAAAAUUGUAAUCGUCAAUCGUAUCAAUAGCGGCGGCUAACAAAUAACUAUAAGCCCCUGUCAUGUCUAGUUCGUGACGUCAAUAACCAAUAGUUAUUUCCCAUUUCCUUUCCAAUUUUACCGAAAACUCAUUUUGUUGUAACCUACCAGUAACGCGGUGACUGGAUCGUGGUCGUACAUUAAACGUAUUCCCUAAAAAUUGCGGCCACUCAAUUAUUCGUCAGCAAUUUUGCAUGGUAAAUGCGGAAUAAUAUUGUUUUUUUUUAGAUUCGGAGUGUAGCGAAGGAUGUAUUGGUCUUGCAAUAAUGUUUAAGAUAUUUUCUUCCCGAAAUCUUACUCCGAUUUUCAAUUAUAGCAUCUUUUCUGAAAGGAAAUUUGAUCUAUUUGAUCUAAUUGGUGCGUUAAACAGGUCAAUUUUUUGAUUUUCCAAGCUGUUUUCAAAAUAAUUGGGAAAAACUUAAAGGACAUUUUUAAGUAAAACGGCAAAUAUUUACGGCACGUCGCAGCGUUACCGUUUUCAUUGGUUUUAAUUUUUGUUCGCAAUAUACGAGUAUUCUACCAGGAAUAUUGAGCCGAUUGGAAAAUGACAAGACACCAUUUUUGCUACAUUUUCAAUCUUGUUCGUGAGUAAGUAAUUUAGAAGUGGCGUAAUUUUGGUAUAAUGUCAGAAAUCGCAAAAAUCACUCGGGAUGUACAGAUCUGUGUACACCCCCAUAACAUUAUGAAAAAAAAAAAACGAUGUUUUAAUACAAUAUGGUAUUAUUUUAUAUUAUUAAUUUAAAGUAGGUACAUUAUGAAUGCACAGAAUUUUUUUUAUAUAAUUAAAUAUUAUAAAAAACAAAUAAAUUAAAUUACAUAACCUUUUACUAUUAAAAUACAAAAUUCAGAAUCUUAAAACUGUAACUCAUUGUUUUCUAUUUCGUGGUAUUUACUGAAAUGACAUGAAUUUUUUCGUUAUUUAAAUUUUUGUUGAAAGUAUUUUUUUUUACUUUUUAAUUCUCAGUGGCUAAAACACUUCAUAAUUUAUAUCCAAAAAAUUAUGAUAAUAGUAAAUUAAAUUUUAUAAGUAAAAAUACGUCCUAGCAUAAUGAGGACGGGUGACAGCCACUCGUAUAAGUAAUUCGAUGCAUAUCUGAGAGAAACGAUAAACCAUUUCUAACGAAAAUAAAAUUUUGAGCGAUGUUCAAUUAAUAAUGAUGCUUUGUCCACAAUAUAAAAGUCAUAUUAUGGUAAAAUGAUUAAAUAGGCUUUAUGUAUUUUCUUUAAUAAUAUUUGUUUAAUGUUCAGAUUUUUCCUUGUUUCCUAGGUUUUUUCCCGGUUUUAUCACAUUUUUUGUGGAAAGUUCUAGAGAAAAUCGAAAAUGUCAUCUUUAAUAUACCUUCCCAAUCCAAUUUCCUUUUGGAAAAGUUGCUACACUUAGAAAUCGGAGCACGAUUACUAAUAGAAAAGUUGCGCAAAAAUAAAUAAACAUCUUUAUAAAAUCAUUUGUUCACUCCACUCAGAAUCUAAAAUACAAUAACUGAAAUGUUUAAAUCAAAAAGAUAUAAUUUUUUUUAUUUAAUUUUUGAUACUGCUUUGAAAAUUACAUAUUCAUUGAUGAAGUAUUGACUAUAUUUUAUAAUUCCAAUUUUAUCAUUUUGUGAACGUUACCUAUCUAUUACAAUUUUUUUUUUUACCCAUAAAUAGAAAUUUCAUUACUUUUGCAGCCCCAAUAUUAUAUUUUUAAAACAUUUGUGUAAUUUUUGAGCUAUUUAUAAAUAUUUUAAUUUUGUGAGUUUUACGUAAAUUUUAUUCGGUAAGUACUCACUCUGUGCAUACAAUUAUUAGAUUUAAAAAAAAAGGAACACAAUUCAACAGGUUCAUUAUAAGUUGUAAUUUGUGAUUAAAAAAAAAAAAAAAAUGAGUUUAAUGUAGAUUUUUUUUUUAUAAUUAAUUUUUUCUAGGUAUCAAAUUUUGACGAAUAUCGUAAAUAUACGGUUUUUCAAAACAUGUACAACAGAAGUUUGCUCUGAAUCGUUUUUCAUUGGCAAUGAUUUAUCGUUGCGUAUAGAUAUAAAUUAAAUUCCCCUCUAUAUCCUACCAUCCCAACGUCUGGCCUACAACAGUGGCCCGCUCGUUAUUCUAAGUAUAUCCGUUAUUUGUUUAUUACUAUAUUAAAUUUAUAUUAGAUAUUUUAUUUACAACAAUUUAUAAACGUGGGUGGAGAUUUGAUUGAAUUUUAGUAGAGGGGGUGUAUUAUACCUGAUGUAUAGUGUAUAGUGUAUAUACACAUUCGUUGUCACACGUAAAAACGUAAUCAAAAGGUCAUUCUCGGGGUAAGUAGAAUAAUUAUUUAUUUAUUUUUUAAUUAUUCAAAGAAAGGCCAUGGGUGUUCUGGGGGAAACGCUAAAGCCCCCUUCCAUAGCCUUCCAAACUCCGCCAACGUUUUCCGUUCCGUUCAUAUCGCAAAGAUAACAUUAUACUAACGACUGUCUAGACUUUUAUUCAUUGUGUAUGUUUGGUUCAAAACGUAAUCAUUUAUUAUUAGUGAUCGGGGCUUAUUGCACUUAAAAUCCGCAAAAAGGAGCUUAAAAACGUUAAAAAAAAAAAACUCUGGAAAAAAGCAUUGGAAAAAUAUUUAAAAAAAGCAAAAACGGUAGAAUGGUUUAAGUGUUCUAAUGGAUCUUGUUUAUUGAAUACAAUUUCCUAACACUGCACAAAUUGUUAAUUCAGAGUUAUUUUUUUUAAUACAAUACGAGCGUACAAAUUCGAAGGGAACCGUGUCCACACACUCACAUUGCGGACAUUAUCAGUAUUAAUAGUAGUGAUGUUCGCACAUAAUAUAUGAGAUGCACGUAUAUUAUAUUUUAAAACAUAUAAUUAUCGAAUAACUCGGAAAAUGGCGCGACCGCAACUGUUACAAUAUCGUCUGUUUGUUUCGAAAAAUCGCCAACGACCUUUUAAAACAUGUGCCUAUAUAACCGAACUCCGCUCAGAAUCGUUUUUCGUUAGCAAACAUUAGUCGUUGCGUACAUACGCGCGUUGAAUUUCCAUUCUACCUACCUAACUUCUCACCUACAACGGUGGCCCAUCUAUCGUGCGAAGUAUGUCUGCUUUUGAACAUAAUUCCGCGAUUAAUAAUUUAUGAAAAAACCCCUAUUUUAUAACACUACUGCUGGCUAAAUUUGUUCCGGUUGAUAGAGAAAUGUGCAUAUAGAUUGAGAAAUUUACUUUAAAGUGUGUUUUUCUAUUUGAACGCUUGACGUAAUACCGAGGCUUGUAUUAAUAUUUAUAUAACGUUAUUUCACGUUUAUUUAGGAAAUGUUCUGGGUAUUUUUUUUCUACCAAACCUAAUCUAACCUGUCCGGUUUUUUUUUUUUCGACUGGCUGUCUCGGAUAUUCGGGCAAAAAAACGGUUUUGCGCGUACAGCUGAAUUAUUUACGCGCGGUCCGACAAUAAGCCCGGUCGCCAGACAUCCUGCGCGUCGCGUGUGCCGUCUCAAUCGCGGACAAUAUAUCGAACUCUACGCAGAUUACGUAGAACUCCCUCAAUUUCGAUUUUAAAUUAAAAACACAUAUUGUGAAAUUAAAAAAAGGACAACAUUCAGAAGGGCGAGAAGGCGCGUUUAUUUCAAAAUUGAUUUAUCGGAAUGUCACGGUCGUUCGAAAACGGCGAGUUAGAUUUUAUUUCUAAACGGCGUGUUGAACGUUGUAUACGGAAUAAUAGGAAAAAACGCAUCGUCUCAGCCUCCAGAAUAUUGUCCGGUUAAAAUUUUACAACGGUUGAUUUUAGAUUCUGAGCUGAGCGAGGAAUGUAACGAAUUUAAACGAGUCUCACGCGAUUCGCGUCAGGCACGGAUUCUGCAACAUACAUACAUUAUUCCGCCACAACCCCCCCCCCCUUUCGGAUUUCGGGUGUUUAAAUACCAACACGAAUUCGUUUGAUAGUAUUCAGAAUUUGUUUGGACUCCCUGUGGCCGCUAUGACCGAAAGCGUAACGUACAGCAACUCCGCAGCUGUAUCGCCCGUAAGUCGGACCGAGACAGCGCGUCACGCGUUCUCUUAACGAUUAUAAUAACAAAAUACCGUUAUUAUUUAUAAACGAAACGCGCCGCCACGCGAUAUUUCGAUAAUAUUGCGUAGUUAUACGUGUGUACGCGGUGUGGCGGCACCGUAUCGUAUACAGGUAUUUUUUUUAUUUUUUUAUUUUUUUUAUAAGUAACCGCGGUCAGCGGACGCCGACGGCCAGUGGCGACAGUGGCGAGCGAGUCUCAAAUAGACGCGUAAUAGACGUGGGCGCCGGGGCGCGGCCCCCGUCCCGUGCCCGCCGGGCGAACAGGCCGGCGGCGGCCGAGAAGACGUACGUCGCGCGUCACACAAUAAUAAUAUCGUCCACAUUGGCACACGCCACGAAAGCCGCCGCGGCCGCCGUUGCCGGGCAAAACGCGCGAGUGCCAACAAAACGCGCGUACGGACGGGCCCGCGGCAAUACGCGGUUCCGUGUCAGUCCGCGAAAAAUCGCUGUCCGGUCCGUACGCCGACGCCACACGUACGCGCGCGCGCCGCCGCCGUAUCAAUACAUUUACUGCCGCGCGUUAUUUCGCAUUGUACAACUGCUACGCUGUCACCGUGUUGUUCUCCGGGAGCUCGCGCGGCGCCGACCUCGGUCGACCCGCAACGGGCAAUAAGUACGCAAUAAUUAUCGAAAACCGCGUCCGGCGGCGAAGAGCGAUCAUCGCGAGCACGCCGAGCACGGCGGCGGCGGCGUUGUCGUCGUCGUCGUCGCCGGUGACGAGUACGGUGGCCGCGGCCGCGUCGGCCACGGUCACGGCUACGGCGGCGAUCGCGACGUUAACGGCAAUCGCGACAUGGACGCCGCCGCCGCCGCUGUCGGCCGAGACGGCCCUCGGUCACGUGUCCGCGUGCGCGGGCCAGCUGAUCGCGUUCGCGGCCGUCGUGUACUUGCUGUCCGCGUGCUGCGGCGUCCACGUGGUCCGGUCGCCGCCGCCGUCGCGCUACUACCGCGAGCUGCUGGCCAGACGCCGCCGCGUCCAGCACUACCGUCCGGGCGCCCCACUGUCCGAGCCCGGCGGUACCGUCCGAGAACUGGAAGCCGCGGCCGCCGCCGCCGAUUGCUACGCGGACUUUCGCGGCGAUAACCCGUGGUCGUGGGGUCGCUCGAAAAAGCGACGGCGCCGGAAGAUCAAGUCAGCUGCGCCAAUGCUACAGCGGUAAGCCCGCGCGCGAUAGGGUCGAUCCGGUCGAUAGAAACGAUGUUUACAACGCGAACGGUUUUUUUUUUUUUUCCCAGUAGACGAUUUCUUUAUAGAAUGGGGUCGUGUCUUCGAUAUCCAACUCUUUUACAGUAACAAUAAAUCCCGCCUUGCGUACAAUGGCCAUCGUGCGCGUCCGGCCGACAUUCUGUACGAACAUCUCUCGCUCUGUGGUUUCUACCAAUACAAUACGUUCUGGUUCUCAAUUCGAGAACAAUAGAGUCGUUCUCCCUAAUGCCCUAAAAAUUGUUGUUAGUGAAAGCAUAGUACCACUAGAUAGUUAUCGCCCACCGUUAAAUACCUAGUAUACCGAGUGUACCUCAUACAGGGCGAUUUUUCGUCAUCGUGACUAGCGAUUUUCUCGGAGGAUUUUUAAGACCGGAGGAGUGAGAAAGGGUAACGAAUUGCGCAUGAUUACACUCCACCCUCCCAUUACUCCAGUCUAAACUCUAAACGGUUUUCACUCGUAAACGGUAAAUCUGAUAUUAUUGUGUACACACAUUCUAAAAUUGCGAGUAAAAUAUUCUCUAUUCAAAUCUGUUCGGACGAGGUUUUAACGUACGUGUUAUAUUCAGUAGACUGGAGCAGCCGGUUCGAUGGUAAAUUUAUAGAUUUAACAACAAUAUAAUUUUACAGGACCAGUUUCGACGUUGUGCGCCGAAAUUUUACCAGCCCGAUCGCAAAUUCCCUAUACGUUUUGACUCUGAACUACGAAACUCGGUCUCCAGAAAACGUAUUGCCCAUAAUGCUCAUAAAUUAUUGUCUAACGGCUCGUCUGAUUACAAUGAUUUUUUUCAAAUUUACGAGCUCCGUGCAAACAAAUGACACGUGUCGUGUUACUCGAAUCCAAAAUCGCUUAAAGUCUAACACCAGUUACUUUUGGAAAUAUGUGAAAACUUUAAAAAAAUAUUAUUAAUUGCCUGCUCGCGUGCAUCACAAUAAAUAAUUCCUCCGUGAAUGAACCUACUGUUGUAGCAACUAUGUUUAGUCGAUAUUUUCUAUCAGUCCGUUCCGACGCUCACGAUAUCAAUGAACACACCUUUACAGGUAACGAUGGUAUAACCUGUAUAGGCACUUGUGAUUUCUCUCUAUCGAGUGUAUUUAACGGUGUUCAAUCUUUAGGUAGUGACACAUUACCGAGCUCCGCUAUGAUAUUGGCUUUAUUUCUAAGCCGCGGUUGUUACGGAAUAACAAUUCCAAAUUACACGUUAAUCUGCUGUUAUCUUUAAAGACGGGAGUAUAUUCACUUCAGCUUGGAAAUCGCCGUUGAUAAAUCAUGUAUGGAAAAGUGGUGACAGAUCCAAUACAUCAAAUUAUCGGCCGAUCCUUAAACUCAGUUGUAUUCCAAAAUUAUUCGAAAAGCUGAUAGAACGUGAACUUUCUGAGUUUUCGAAAACAUUUUUUCAUCGAUAACCAGCGUGGUUUUCGACAGUGAAAAUCAAUCGAUACUAAUUUGUUACUAUUUUGCACACGUCUAAUUGACAAUGUUUCUAACCGCAGCAGGUAACAAGUAACGAAUAGAUACCGUGUAUAUAAAGAAGGCUCUGUAGACCACAAUACUUUAAUAAAAACAAUUGAACAACUAUGGCCUACGCGGGAAACUUCUUCAAUGGUUGUCGUCAUUAAUUACCUCUGAUAGAACACAGACAGCCAAAAUUAAACACACGAGUAUGUGAGUAUGACUUUACUCUUUACGCAUUAAUGUAUCUUCUGGUGUACCCCAAGAUGGAUAUUUAUCAGCAUUUUUAUAUCUCGUGUUUAUGAAUCACAUAAGCUCGAUGUUUUCUCGUUAUAAUUAUUCACACUAAAUGACUUAGAUAAUUUAUUUAAGCGGUGUAAAAUUAAUUAUAUGUCACUUAACGCUCAGAAAUGCGUAUAAAUUUCAUUUUCCCGUAACCAAAAUCCGAUUCGUUUCAGUUACAAAAUUAUGAUAGCCUGUUACAAAUUGUAAAUGAAAUUAAAUAUUUAGGUAUAAUACUAUCAUCCGAACUAUUAUUUAGUGGCGUCAUUUGGAGGGAGUAGUGUCGGGUAUGAGCUGGUAUGGGGCUAUAGUUUUAGGUCGUGAACUUAUUUCAUGUCAUUAUGUUUUAUGAUUUAUUUUGCAUACUACCACUCUGAGCUACAGUCUUUUUUUUUUUUUGUUUAUUUAUAAACAAACCGAUUAUUAAGUUUUUUUUUUUUUAUAAUAAUUGUAAACAAUAUUUUUUUAUUAUACUUUUUGUUAACACUGAUUGCACUUUAGCUCAAAUUACUGAGCGUCCAUAAGAGCCAAUGUAGUUUUUUGGAGAGAAACCAUUCUGUGAUUAUACUAAUGUUCAUGGCAAACACUGUUUAAGAAAACUUCUAUGUAGAUAGAUGCUAUGUUGAUGGUGUUUAACUCAACUGUACUUUAUUAUUCACUCGUUCGCUCUGUGCUUGAAUAUGGUUCUAUUUUACGGAAUCCGAAUUCCGCUAAACAUACAUAGAGAGACUAGAAUGAAUACAAAGAAGAUUCGUGCGCUUUAUCGGAUAUAAAAGAAGAAUAACUAAUACUCUUGAGACCAUUAAUAGUCUCCAGGUAAAUCUAAAACUAGAUUCCCUAUCAACUCGUCGUAAAAUAGCCAAUAUGUCCUUAUUCAAGUUAUAAAUUGGAAUUGUGACCUGUCCCCCACUGUUAAAACAUAUUUCCUUCCAUGUGUUUCAAUAUUACUCCCGUUCAUGUCUGAAAUUUCAUGUUGAAAUCCACCGCACUAAUUAUGGUCAGUUCAGUCCUCUAAAUCGGCUCUUGACCAAAAGUAACCUAUCUAAUUUUGAUUACUUUUACAAUAGUCUAUCAGACGCCUUUACUCUAAUUUACGAUUGCUGUUAUGACUUUGUAUUGUUAAAAUACGUAAACCACCUAUAUUCUACUACUUUUUACUAUCUCACUCAUAAAUGUUAUUAUUAGAGGUUGGAUUUUUAUGAUUUUACAUAAUUGUUUCUAGUGUAUGCAGUUAAAUGGAAAUAAGAUAUCUUCACGAAUCAUGAAACAUAGAAUUUAGAGGAAAAAAAUUAUUUUGCGUAAAAAAUCAUAUUUUAGGGUUUAUAGAAUAUUCAAUACGUUAAGGAAUAUUUGAGAUUUUGAGAAUAUUUUAUAAAUAUUUUUAGUUUUGGUCUAUUAUUUGUAUGGACGUAUAACGGCGUUUUGAUAACAUUGAUCAACAAAUUCAAUUUAUUUUACAAUCGAAUUAUGUUUUAAUCCUUCUGGGUUUCUAACAAAAAUUAAUCACUGGAUAUUUCUUAUCGAUGGCGAAAGCACGUCAGAAAUAAUAAAAUAACGUUAGCUGUUACGAGCUGUUAAAAUUACAAAAUAAAAUAAAUUAAAAAUUUUAUAAAUCACAUUAAUAAUACAAUUAAGCUGAAAACUCAAAUAAAUUUUUUUUUUCAGAAUAUUAAAAGAAUAUUUUGCCAUUUUAUAUAAAACAUCAUAUAUCUGGUAUUUUAAAAGAAUAUCAAGAGAAUAUAUUUCCUAUUUUAAAUGACAUAAAAACAUCAUAUUUUAAAAAUUUUAAGAGCACAUAAGUCUGACCUCUAGUUAUCAUUAUUAUCCCAUAUUAUUUAUUUCUGUAUAUAUUUCUGUACUUGAGCCUACCACGCGUUAAUUCAAAUAAAAAAAAAUUUAAAUAAAAAAAAUGAACAGGAUAAUGUAGGAGCUUAUUAAAGUCUCACAAGGCACAAGAUUAGAAGAAAUUGAGGAUAGAAUUAGAUGGAGAUUAGCGGUUGAGGCAGUAAAGGUCCUCCAUAGACUGUAAAAACUGGGUAACAAAUAGAUGUUAAAGAAUUGAUUUUUAAUAAAACUAUUUCGAAUUUUUAAAACUAAACUACAUUCAUUUUAGUAUCUAUAAGCCAUAGAUACUUUUCAAAAGUUUUCUUUCGAACUUCAACAGUUUUCCUUCGUCACCUUUUGUCACGCUCUAGAUUCGACUAUUGUCUGUAAGAUUCUCCGCCCGUAUUUAUUCACAGAACUGUAAAUGUCAAAAGAAUAACUUUUUAAUGAUUAACCAUCGUAAUCUGUAUACAAGAAAUAUUCAUAAAAAUCUUACUACUAAAAGAAAAAGAAAGAAAUGGUAAUCGAUCGUGACCUGUAUAAGCAUAGUAUUAUUUUAAACCCUUACAAAAACAUAAAUAUACGUACUUAAAUACAUUUUUAAACCGCUUACUUUUUCAUAAAUAUAUUUUCAAUACGCUUUUUAUAUAAAUGAACAUUUUUUUUUUUUUUUUAAUAUACCGUUAAAAUCCAUCAAGAAUCAAGCCAUCUUUUGAAACCAAUUUCUUUCACUCGUCUCUAUUGUACGCAUAAUCCAUGCCGCUAUUCCAGCCGGGUCUCAAAAUCGUCAUGUCUUAUUGCGAACCUCGUCCAUCUGCUGUCGCUUCGAUCUACCGCGAGAUAUUUUUCUAUUUAUGCUGUUUACGAGUGUCAUUAUUCUAAAUAGCUCUUAGCUAUUAUAGCUAUAGUAAGUACCAGGAGUACCUAUUAUUGACUAUAUUUUCGGCUUUCUGGACGUAGACCCUUCUCUAAUACGUAUUUCUUGCCCAUACAGUUAGAAACGGACCCGUACACUUUCCCUAAUACUAUUUUCCCAAAGUUACCCUUAUAAUUUAUUUUCAUUUCCUGCUGUAGUUGCCCAAACGGCACAAUAUCGAUCUGAAAUACGCGGUAGGUUCUUUUUGGUUUUUUUUUUAAACGAUUACGUCAAUAUAAAGCGAUGUGACGUAGUAAAUUAACAUCCGUUACCAGUUUUCGGACGGAAUUUGAUUGCGUUGUAUGCAUAUACAGUUACCGUAAUCAAUGUUGACCCCGAUCACUGUCACAUAAGUUAAUGCAUAAACAUAUGUAAGUGAAAUAAAGAGAACUCCUAAACCAUUUUGAAAAAUAUUAUGCAACAUACUCAGAAUCGAUAGAAUCUAAAACCGCAUAAUUCAAUAGGUACAUAGAAAUUAAAACUUGAAUAUCUGACUUUGAAAUGUUUUCGGACCUAAAACUUUUGGGAAAAUAACCAUUUCAAUUAAAGUAAUAAACGAUGCAGAAAAUCCAAAUAUAAAUAAAUAUAUGGAUUUUCACCUUAAGAAAGGUGUACGCGCGGUGUGAAAGUUUUGAAAUAUUUCAACUAGAGAUCUCGACUGAAUCAAUACGUAUGUGAACACCAAGUCUGUGUACACUGAAUGGAAAAUAAGUUACGUCCUAUACCUAACGAACGUGAAUUUACUAUUCGCAUUCACGUAUUUUAGUGUAUUUGAGGAUGUUUAUUUAAGCGAUAACGCAUUAUAUUAAAUAUAUUAAAUUUAUUGUGGAUAUCUAAUAAAUUCAAUUUGUUUUAUCGUUGAAUUCAAUUUUUUGACAAUAUUAUAAGCUUAAAGUAGACAUAAAUAGAACAAAAAAAAAAAAACACUAAAAUACGAGUACACGUGCAAUCUAGGGAGCUAUAAUUUCGACUAACCGAAAAUAAUCUUCCGGGGAAGCAACACGCCCGUUUUCGCAAAAAUAAUGGCUCGCGCAAAAUCUAUACAUCAACCUAACUGCGUAUAUUUUACCGCGAGAUUGGGAAAACUGCAUACUUGACUUCCUACAUUCAAAACGUGCGUUUUGUCGAGUUUCGGUAUCGCAUCACUGCAGCGAUCAAUUUCUAUAGUCCAGAGAAAAACGAUACGUUUUCAAUACGUGCAGCGACCUACUCGUAUAUGAUUCAGGUAAACAAAAAUUUGUAUGCAUGAUUAAUGGGUUUGGACAUAGGUAAUUCGACCGUUAUCGUUGAUUUUAUAACAUGUAUAAUAUAGCGAUUCGAUACAUACACUUAUUUUCGGAAAUUGUAGGCUAUACGCGGUCGAUUGUUCGGAAAUAUGUAAUAAGUGGUUACUAUAUUAUUAAUAACGGCGCGGGUACGUACGUAACCUAAAAAUACGAUAGCAGAAUAUUGACGUGGCGUGUAACGACGUCGCGUUUUCCGAUCCUUCAAAAAAUGAUAGGCAUCGUAAUCGUUAUUGCGUUUCAGCGCGGAGCGGGAUAUUAACAUUGGUUUUACCAUGAUGUACGCUAUUUUUUUACUUUCUGUAUGUAAACGUUGUUUUCAAAAAAAAAAAAUCUUGCCCCGAUGUAUUAAGCAUAGUACUUGUGCUGAAAGGAAAUUUUAACCUAACCCGAAAGAAAACGGCAAAUAUUUACGGCGCCCCGCGGCGAUACCUACCGUUUUCAUUGUUUUUAAUUUGUUUACAACCGGAUGUUUUCUACCGGGAAUAUUGCGCCGAUAAAAAAAAAUGAUAGGAAAUUUUGAUUUCGGUUGAAUAUUGGAUAUAGUUGGUAAGUGAGUAAAAACGUCGUGUUUGAUUAUGUUUCGUGUAGUUUCUCGGUAAUUCUGCAAAACCGGAAAAAAAAAAAAUGUAGAAAGAACGGAAACGGGAAAUAAUGGUUCCGUUAAUAUCAAUUUUGUUUUUUUAUUAUAAUUCAGUUAAAAAUAUUCGUAACGACUCGAUAUUUUGACAGAAAACUUAUGUUUGCUAGACAUUUUUAAGCCAUUUAUAGGAAUUUUAUGUUUGCGAGUUUUUUGCGUAGUUUUUAUUCGGUAGAUGCUAUAUGGAUAUAAUUGUUUAACCAGAAAUGCUUGACAAUUAAACGGCAAGUUUAUAAUAAUUUUAACUUAAAGGUCAACAAAUAGACUGUGAUGUAGUCUUUUUUUUUUUUUUUGUAAUGGUUCUAAGAUAAAAUUUCGACGAAAACCGUAAAUAUUACGGUCUUUGAAAUCAUAUACAAACAAACUUCGAUCAAAAUCGUUUUUCAUUCGUAGUGGUUUAUCGAUGCUUAAAAAUAUACCGAACUGCAGUCGAUACCAAAUAUUUGUAUUAUAAUGAUUUAAUUUUUAUCGUGGAAUCAAUUUUUGGAGGAUUGGAAACAAGGUCGUAUAUAUAAUGAGUAGAUUAGAGAAUGAUAAUAUUAGAGCAGCUCUACUAUGGAAGCCUCGGGAUAAAAGACCUAGUGUUAGACAUUAUCGAAGAGGAUUCAAGGAAUAGAUGUGGCCCAAGAUAGGAUGAUUCAGAUAAUGUGAUAUUGUUUUGUGGGCGAAAACUAUUUUAAAUGCAAGAAGAAGUGAAGACAACGGUAAUUGUCCAUCUCAGGGUUUAUAAUUUUAAUUUUUUUAUUUUCUGAUUAGCAUAGAAAAAGCAGAAUGUAACAAACUAAUAUUACUAUAGUCAUCGCACUAUCGUCUGCUACCCAGCAAAACCCCGUGAGUCGAUUUUAAUAAAUUUCGUGGCAAGAAAACUGUUAGUAAUGUAAAUAUAAAUAAAAUCAAAAAAUUACUUCGUCGGUGCACCAACAUAAAUAAAAAAUAAUUCUUAAAGAAAAUACCUACAAAGUUUCUGAUCUGAACAAGAUUUCUAGCAUACACAAGUUGUUUACAGACAAAAAAAAUAUAAACUUUCGAGGUUUCGUUGUAAUAAAAACAAAUCAAAUUAUUGCAACCACUGUAGAUUUAUAUUAUAACUUUAGGGAACUAUAAUUGUAUUGACUGUACACUGAAUAGGCACGUAAUAUAUCUUAAAAGCUUUUAAUAAAAAAAAAAAAGACAUUUUCAAUAUUCAAUUUUCUCAUUUUCGCUAAUGGACGGUACCUGUACGAGUGUUAUACCUAGGUAGUUUAUAUUGAAUAAAUGCCAAAACCAAAAUAAAAAACAAAAUUGUUAUUUAUAUACAUAUAUAAAAUAUUUUUUUUUUUGGUAUAUUCAUAACAUCAUUGGAUACUAUAAGGGUUAUUUUAUUUCGAAUUCCUCGCAAAAAUAAUUUAUUAGUUUAAUGGUAGUUUUUUUAUUUAUUUUCAAUAAAAAGUCCCGUUUCGGAGGUUUCCACUAGUCAUAAUCAUUUCAUUCGUUAUCGAAACAACGUUUAAAACAAAUCCUCCAUGGAGUAAAUUUCAUCACAACUUCUCGUAUAUCGAACCGUCGAGUUAUUAAAAAGGUUUCCGUCGUUUUUGCCGUAAUCCGUAUGAAAUCUAGUGUGUUUCACUAACGUGUAAUCGUAAUAUUAUUUCUGUAUGGUAAAUAUGUACCUAAUUCAAUACGAAAAGUAAACCCCCGUAGGAGACGAACUGAUAGACAUAAUGCAAUAUUAUGUUCAACAAUACACAACUUUGUGUGCAAUAGACGCGUAUUUUGCUUAUGACGUUACAGUAGAGAUCAAUAAUAUUAUCAUUGUUAUUAUGCCAGUAGUUGUUUGUUUAGAAAUCGGCCAGACCAAUCGCGCACGAUACGUUUUAUUUCUUCUACUCGUCCGAUUGGUUCGCUAUAGAUCUCCAUGUCUGUAUUCUAUUUUGUAAAUCCAUUCGCUCGAGUCCUCGUAACCAGUGGCGGUUUUUUAAGCAUUUUUUUCUCGAGGGAGAGGGUAUUUUGUUAUCAACUUACAAUUUAUUUGACAUACAAAAAAUAUUCGCCUGAUAUUUAUCAAUUUUUUUAAAAUUAACGUGUAUUAUUUUUUUACUUAUAUACAUGAAUUUGUUAAUCAACAACAAAGUUUAAGUUUAAUUUAAAUAUUUUAACACAAAACCUAACUUCGAUUUGUUUUACUUACUUCGUCUAAAACUUUGUCAGUCGUUAACUGCAGAUCCUUGUAUAUGCACAUCAUAGCCAUGGGCGUCUUUUGGGAGAGACAAGGAGGGGACAUGUCCCCCUGGCAUUUCCAUAUCUGGUAUUAAUUUAUUGAUUAUAGCUAUGAUAAAUACUAUUAUAGGAAAUAAGAACACAAUCAUAUAAUAUUAUGCUAUGUAAACUUAAAUAUAGCAAUUAAUAGGUAAACAGAAAGGGGGACACUGUAUUUGUUCGAAGAUAGACGCCCUGGAUCAUAGCUAGACCAUUUAGUCUUUUCUGAAAUUUAAUUUGAAUAAUUGGAAAUAUGUGAAUUGUGAAUAUCAUAGAUUUUAUAGGUAAUUUCAAAGACAGGUCUAUUUUAGCAACGGUUCUAUAAUAUUAUGAAGCGAAACACAAAUAUGUGAAUUACAAUUUACGAAUGCGAUUGUUGCGAUUUUAAUAUUAUACAAAAAAUAAUAACAACUUCUUACUUUUAACUUUUAAGUAGGUAUAUUAUAAUAUUUACAUAGCACUCGGGCACUGUAUUAGUUAUUUUCAUGGACUACGUAAUAUAUAUUUGGUUAUCAUGAUUUAAAGUGGUACUAUAAUCUAAAAUAGUAUGAUGGAAACGAAUUCGCUUCACUAAAUGGAAUGUUGUUAAGGUACAGUUGUCUGACCAUGUCUUCUAAGGUUAGGUUAGCCUAACCGUGGUUUCGGUGAACAUCAAUAAAGGACAAAGGUCAUUCAGUGUGUCCGGUAUGAAUAUAUACGUAUUGUAUAUUAUAAUAUGUGUACAUAUUAAAUAAAUAAUUAUAAUUUGUAUUAAUUUUCCAAUUAUUUUAAAUUUUCAAUCAAAUCUAAUUCAUAGUCUAAACUCGGAAUUAGGAACUCUAGGGGGGUCAGAUCCCCUGGAUUCCCCUUCAUAAAACCACCACUGCUCGUAACUAUAUUAUCCUGUCUAUUAUAGUUUGUGUCAUCUUUUCCAUGUCCUUGAACUGCUUCUUUAUACACGGACAAAAUAAUAAAUUAGUUCACGCCUUAAAUUUUUCGCUUUUUUUUUACGUUUUUAUCGGUUUUUCUCAAUUGUUAUAGAAACUACUCAGAAAAACAGAAAAACGACUUCUUACCCCCCAAUUUAAUACAUUUUUCCUCUUUAAAAGAUUAAACUCUUGAAAUUUAGAGCAAGAUAUUGAAAGCAAAAUAUUGGACGGGCAGGACAUGUCUGACACGUAAAAUGGAAAAAAUAUUAUGUGAAACUACUUCAUGGAAACCAAGUAGGAGCGUACCCUAGGGACGACCAAGAAAACGAUGACAUGACAGCGUAUAUUAAAAGAAAUGGUGAAGGAUAAAAUAGGGUGGGAUGACGUAAUAGUUACAGUAAAGUGCCUUCGUGGCCUAAUAUUAUAGUGAGUCGAAAUAAAAAAGAAAAUAAUAAUGGAAAUCCAUCGAACCAUCCAAAGGGACUAGAAUUAAUCAUUUUUUCCUAACCGCCCUAAUUAAAAAUUCUCUAUUAUAUCACUGUCAUUUAUUAUUUAACCAUUACCGUUAACCAGUGGCGUAGCCAGGAUUUAUCAAUAGAGGCGCCAAAAAAAUUUCAAAAAAAAAAAAAACACAAAACACAAAACCAAAAUUACACGUUGAUUUCCUUUAUUAUUUCAAAAAUGACCGUAUUUAUAAAAUAACCUAAACCAUAAUAAAAUAACAUGAACAUGAAACGAUUGUAACAAAAGUAUAACGAAAAAACUACGGCCAAUGGCGGGGACUAUGGCUGCGUCACUGCCAUUCCCUAUAAUAUAAUAUUAUAGUAACCCGCCAAUAUUUCGCGGAUACCGCGACGUCAAGCUAAACGAAAAUUGACGUCCGAAGGAAAAAUAUAUAUAUAUAUCUACGUAUGUGUAGAAUAGGUUAUUCGUGUCAACAUCAUAUUUUUACGCGAAUGUGAUGUUCAAAAUUGAAUAGUCGUUUGUUAUAAAAUAUUUAUAUAUUAUUAACCCUGGUCCCUGGGUUCGGUGUUCUGGGGAAAAUGAUAUGCAAAUAUAUGCGAACCUAGGGUAGACGUUUCACUGAUUAUUAUGUAUUAGCUAGUAAUACCUAAGCAGCGGUGUCACCUGACAACCACGUUCGGCAAAUUGCUUGGGUCGUGCAAAUUCCGCGAACCGUGAGUAACCUGCCUAAUUCAAGGUUUACCGAAAAUAUAGGUGAAUAUCUUGAGACUGUAUAAAUAUAUUUCGGAACGUCGAGUGGGAUAAUGAAAUGUGUGUAGAUAUUAUAAUCUGGGUAGUUCUUAUUAAAUUUAAAAUAUACGUGUAUAAAAGAAAAUAAUAAUAAAAAAAAAAAAAAACAAAACUCCAUCAGUGGGUCGAAUCUCCUACCCUCUCCCUCCGUCUAUUAUGCUUAGUGGACAAAUAUUCUUUGCAAAUUAAUAAAUAACCAAAUAUUGUAAUGUACUACAGUUAAAUUAUUACUUAUACCUAUACAUUAUACAACUUCCAGAGUAAUUGGUAAAAUUAAUUUGAUCAUAAAAGUGGUAGGGGCGGAGGUUGAAAGUUAAAACUGCCAAAAGACACACCCUUGAUAUUAAUAUUGAUUAAUUGAUUGACUUGAUACUUGAUAGCCAUGUAUACACACAAUUUUAUUUCAGACCCUAUAUUAAGGGAUGUAUAAAACUAAAAAAAAUAUCCUCCAUUUGCAACAACAUAGGAAAAUUCAUAUUUAAAUUCAACCCAACUAUUAUUACUUCAAUCUGCCUAUAAAACAACUCUAAUUUCCGAAUUUUAACUGAUUUGGUCUAAAGGGAGCAGCUAAACAUUUUAAAAAGUGGCGGAAAAAGAAUAAAAUAUAAUAUACUCGUCUUAUAUACGCCAGAAAAUUAGGCGAAUAAACUUUAAAAAAAAAAGGGGAAUGGGAUGUUCAAAUCGAUAGUUAUUAUGUAGUAGUAAUUUUUUUAAAAAUUAUAUUUUCACAAACUGAAAAAAAAGACGGAUAAAUUUCGCACCAUGGGUGAAUCACUGUUGUGGGUGAAAAAUUGGGAAAGUAUGAAUAUCUUCGCUCAGAAUCUAUACAAAUUCAAAAUGAAUACGUAUGGCUUCGUAAUUUAUAAGACACAGUAGCUUAGCGAGCAUAUUUUAAACUCUGGAAGCAAGGUUAAAAAAAAAAAAAGAUUUAAGCAAAUAUUAGUGAUAUUUUAAUCAAUUUCGCUCUUUUGACGUAGGAAGACGUUGUGAUUUAUAUAUUUUUAUAAAAGUGUGAUAUUUUUAAAUGUAAUCCGUCUGGAAAUUAUUUUUUUAGUCUUAUACAUAAUACAUUUUAGAACCGUCGUCAAAAGUGACGCACGACAGUAUAUAAACAAAGACUGACUACGUAAUAUCAUGGGAUGGCUGUUCAAAUAUUUAAUAUUGACAAAAUUACGGUUAUAUUAUAGCUGUAUAACGAUACGCUCAAAAAGAUUUUGAAAUUUGGUGGGGCUUAAGCCCUAGCUACUCAAUAAAGCAAUUAUAGAAGUAAUAAGCACUUAAAAAAAAUAGGGGGAAAGGGAGAUAUUUCCGGAGGGGAGGGGGGCUCUUGUCAUUAGCGGGCUGAAUUUUAAAUAGAACAAUUAUAAAAUGUAAAGAGAUUAAUAUUUUCUCAAACCAUUUACAAACAAAAAAAAUGUACUGUAAAAAAAAAAAUAUAUAUAUAUAUAUAUAUAUAAUAUCAUAAACCAAAACUUGCGCCUCAUGUAACUUUUUCAAUUGACAAAAUAUUUUAGAAUAAAAAUCCUAUACGAGACGUUCUCGAAAAUAUUCUUCUCUUCCCAACAAAUAUUUUAUCUGUAAUGAAUUAUAAACUAUUUCUGAUAUUUCAACUUAAACUUCAUGAUUUAACUGCUAAGCGGUUGCAUGUGCAAAGAGAGGGAGAUUACAAGUAAUUUAUUUAUUUAUACAUUUUUUUUUUUUAAAAACGGAACAAACCCAUUUAUUUUUGUUCUCCCUGACUUGAUAAGACGAUAACAACUAUGAAUAUAUAUUUUGUAAUUAUAUCAUGAAACUAUAUAUUUUGUAUGUCAGCGGAGUUUCAUGGAAAAAGUUUGAUUUAUUGAAUAAAAAUUGACAUUUUAAAAUCCGGCUUCUAAAUUCUCGUUGUCGGAUUAGGAUAACACAGAAGAAAAUUCCACGACCAUUAAUAAAUCAUAAUUAUUAUUUACUAUAGAUUACUGUUGAACAUAUCUGGGCGCGCCACUGCGUCUAACGUAUAACACACAAUCGACGGUUAUUAAUAUUACACCGUACGUUUGUGCGCAAACGAUUUUAUUUCCUGGUAAUUUUUUCGCACUUUGAUCAAUUGCUUGUUGCAAACUGCGUAAGUACCUACAUGCCCACUUGUUUGAUGUUUAUUAUUACGUAAACUGUAUACGCACAGGGGUGGUUAUUGAAUGGUGUUGACUUGCGCGUGUGUAUUUUCCUUUAACGUUGUAUUUUGAAACACCGUGCCGUCGAUGCUCCGCAGUUACACAGUAAAAAUAAUAAUAAUAAUAAUAGGUUUAAAUUAUUAUAGAGUCCUUGAGAAUAAUAUUGAUCGAAUGUAGAACUCCCCGCGUGCAAAAACGAUACACGCGCGAUUUUCAUUUAGAGAUAAUAUCGAAAUAUAAAAUAAUACAACUCACCUAUAAUUACCUAUAACGAUAGUAAUUUGUUUAGCUGACAAAUUAAUUUUAAAAAAAAAAAACCCCUUAAGCUGCAGAGUUCUGCGUGUCACGGUGUUUUACCAAAAUAUCCUAGGUGAAAAUGUACUCAAAAAAAUGUCUGGAAGUAAAAACUUCUGAAAAAUAAAAAUAAAAUGCUGUCCUAGGAUAAUUAGGACGGAUGCAGCUACUGUUAUAGGUGUAAAGUUGGGAAGGUAGGAAACAAAAGGGAAUUUAAUGUAAAUCUGUAAGCAACGAUAAACCAUUGCUAACGAAAAAACGAUUCUGAACGGAGUUCAGUUGAUAGUGAUACUUUGUCAGCAGUAUAAAUAUCAUAUUAUGGUAAAAUAAUUAAAUAGGCAUUACGUAUUUUCUUUGAUAAUAUUUGUUUAACAUUGAUCCGAUUUUCCCGGUUUUUCUCAUUUGCUCGGAAAACUCUUGAAAAAAUCAAAAGAUGACUUCUCUAAAAUACCACUCCAAGAAAAGUCCCUUUCAGAAAAAGGUCAACAUCAUAUAGAUCGGAGCAUGAUUUCGGGUAGAAAUUCUGUACAAAGUAUAAGAAAAAUAAAAAAAUAAAUAAUCAUCUUUGUAAAACCAAUACAUUAUUCGCUACACUCAGAAUCUAAAAUAUAUUCAUAUAAAUCAUGAUAGUAAAUUAUGUAUAUUUAAAAUGAAAAAUUCAAACAAUAAAUAUUAUAAUAUCUGAUACAAAAAUUUAAAAUAAAUUGUGCGUAAAAGUCCACACGACCCGCGUACGUUCGUUGUUAUAUUUGUUAUUUGUCUACACACUCUGCAGCGAGUGUACAAGCCGGAUGUAAAACUAUUGUCUUUUCUUGCUUCUCGCCGUUAUAUAUAUGUAUAUGUAUAAUAAAUAAAAUUAUAUUACAUUAUAAUACAAAAUUAUAAUCUUCUAUUUCAUUUUAUUUAUUUCCCGGGCAUUUUUCCUCGGUCUUUUAUUUCGAACAUGUUUAUUCGGACAUUUUUACCGUUAUCCAUGUAUUAAGUCGAAUAUUUAGUUUAGCAUAUUCGCAAUUAUCUGUGAAUUGCAUUCACAAAACACCCAUUGACCACGUCAACCCCUCUCCCUGAAUUAAAUCACAGUAUGUAUUACUCCACUUCUCUAUCGUGUAUAAAACGUAUCAUAUUCCCUUCUGGUAACGGCGGUUACGAUAAGGAAUCGAACAAAAAAAGUUUCAUCAAAAAUGAUACCUAACUAAGUUCUCGAAAGUUCUCGAAAUAUUUACUAAUAUACAACAGACGGUGGAGUUGGGUUAACAGGGUUAGAAGGGUUGAAACCCCUAAAAGAAUACGUCGUUCUAAGCUCAUACAGGGGAUAAAUAGAAUUGUAAAAAUCUAAACGAACCGUCCACCCGCAAAAAUUACACGGUUAAAAUCAUAUAGAAAUUUACAACAACUUUUUCCACUUCAAUCCGCCUAAAAAAACAACUCUAAUUACCGAGUUUGAGCUCGUUCAUUACGGAGAGGACCGUUAGAAAUGUCCAAAUGUAGCGGGGAAAAUAUAAUAGGAUACUGUGCAACGGUCUUUGUUUUUGGGGAAAGGUUCGAUAAACAUUAACGAUUCAUGUUAUGCAGUUACAUUACUUAUAAAAUAUAAUAUAUUAUAAAUUCGUAUUUCGUGUUCGAAUAAAAAAUCUUUGUUCCAAAUAGUGAACACUUGAAUAGUUUAUCGUACUUUAAACACCGUUAUUGGCAACCAUUAUUAUAAUGUACCUCCGCAUAUAUUUGUAUCUCUAAAAAGACGCAUUUUACAUUAUAAUAGGUCAAUUCUAUUGUGCGUGAGAGUGCAGAUGACUUGAUGAUAAAAUAAGAAUUUCAGUAUAAAUAUAAAUUUACCGUUGUUGUUUUAAAUGAUUCGCUGCAAGGAUGUAAAAAUGUAAAUGUAAAAUAUAUUAAUUUAUUAGAAAUUAUUUAUACACGCCGUUGUCGAAUGAAAAACGCGCUAUUUUUUUAAAUUUUUUUUUUGCCGGGUGGUCUACUUCUACAAGAACAAAACAAACGUCUAUGACGGAUUUUGUUAAAUAUCAUAUUUUUUUGUGCCGCAUACUCGAAAUAUACGUAUAGAUAUAUAUGCAAAACGAUAAAACGAGUAAAAAAAUACUCUUUAUCUAUAAUCAAAGACCCUCGGAUAAUGAUUAUAAUAAAGGCAUUGUCUUUAAACAUAUUUUUUUUUUUUUUUAAUUUUGAAAGUAUCCUCGAAAUACUGUGGCGUUUCGGUAAAUCGAACAUAAUUCCCGCGUAUAUUCUUCUUUGCGUCCUUUAGACCUAUUGUAAGACACACAUUUUGUUUCUCGGUGAACGCAAAAAUAAAACAAAUUUUCGUAAUUUUUGGCGAUUGUUUUGUUUUCAAUAUUAGAAGAGAUACGGUAGAGAAUUGAUAUUACUGAUUUGCUAAUUGGGAUUUAACUAAAAUUUCCAGAGGGAAGUUUACACAAUUAACUCUCCUCCCCCUCUUAUCAACGUCUCUGAUCGAAUCGAUGUAUCAAUCCGGGUUACAUAAUUUCAUUUUCAAUUCUAAGUGUAGUUAUACUAGAAUCAUAUAGUUUUUCGAAUGUGGAGUCGUUUUUUCGCAUUUACAGGGUCUUCCAGAAUUCAUAUAACAGUCAAUUUUUUUUGUGUGAAAUACUUAUUCCUUCAAUGAAUGACUCAUAUGAAAAUUUUUUGGAAUUAUAUGUAUUCUAAAAUGUUGCAUCGUCUUUAUUUUUGUCACCCUUGUUUUUCGGAUUGAAACGGUUACCUAUUUUUGAUUUUCAAAUAGCAACUUAUACUGAAAAUGACAUAAAUAGACGGACUACCAGUUGAAAUAUAUUUUGGUUGUUCGCGUGUUUUAUUUCCGUCAACUCGUUGACGAGAUAUUUAGAUAUUCCACUUUUAAGCUCGGAUGAGGGGAGAGUAGUGACGAAGCAUCAUUUGUGUAGCGGCACAGCGCACAACAUUUGAAUAAAAUGCUCCGCUACUCUCCCACUAUACCUAAACUUAAAAGUGUAUUAUUAUAAAAAGUUGUUGAACAAGUCACAAUUUAUCGAAAAAAUAAAUAAUUCACGGUAAAUUUGACUGUAACAUGAAAUUCGAAAGACCCUCGAGUACUCGGGUCAUUCGUAUAAAUUUACUCUAUUGUGCAUCAUUCGUAUAUAGAGACGCGUCCGCUACCGUGCUAUCGAGAAAAUUAUAUUAUAAGUCUAUACAAUUUUAAUGAUCCUAUAUUAUGUUCUAUGAAUGGAAGUGAUCUGCCGGAAUAUUUGACCGGCAGUGAUCCCCUGGGCACGUAGUCGAGAUUUUUCUUUUUCGCCGAAAAUUUCGAACAUCCGCUAUACUGAACACAGAAAUUAUAUACGUCGCGAUUUCCGUAAAUCCGUUUAAAACACCGAACCUAUACAAUAUUGUUAUAUUAUUUUACAAUGGCGCGUUCAAUAUAUAGUUUCUUUUUUUUCUCUAGUUUUCGAAAACUCGAAACGGAUUACAACAAGUUUUAUCUAUGAGUACCAAACUAUAAAACAUGACGUAUUAAUAUGGAUCGAAGUAAUGAGUAAAGUAUUGAUAUCGUUUAUUCGACAGUAAAUUCCUUGUUAAUUCUCACUCUUCUUCUUCUUCUUCUUCUUCUUCUUCUUCUUCUUAUUCUACUUCUCUAUUGUUUAACACAUCUUCAAGAGACUUAGUUGUCGACGCUACUUCCAUCGACGUGUCUCUAUAUAGGUAUUUCUAAUAAUACGGUCUUCCGAAUAAAUUAUUUUCCAUUUUCUCCCGGUGUUCGUUGGUUCCGUUCAACCAACGUCUUCCGAGUCUCCCGCUUGUCGUUUUACCAAUUGGUAUCCAUCCUGUAUAAUAGCUGCUCUGAUUCGUGAAUAUUACUAGAACGUUUUUUCGAUUGGGUUUGCGGCCGUGCGUUGAGUUACGUCAAAGGAUCGAAUGUCUGCCCUGCUUGUUCAAUUUUUCAACAGAAACAUUGCUGUAUUUCUUUAUUGCCAAACUAUCAAAGAGUCAGUUUAAGUAUGUAAUUACUUAACAUUGAGUUUCAUCGCCCUAAAAAAAUAAUAAUACCCGAACUAUUGGCUAAACAUUAUAAUUAUACGACUUACAAAUAAGUAAGUUACAAAUCUCUGUACGAUUAUUUUUAUUUAGGUACCAUUAUUGGGACGAUCCCGUUGUAAUAUUCGUAAAUUUUUAAGAAACCGUCGAUAUUUCCGACCACACAAAAUAAAAAAAUUGAUGUCGCGAGGUGUGGACGACUAUGAUUCGCUAUUCCGUGCGCACUACGUGCGUUUAAUUAAAAGCCAUAAAGUGAUGUUUUUUUUUUUCUUUUUCAUCUACAGAAGAGCGAAAUUGAUUGUGUUUAUAUUUUACAUGUAUACAUAUAUAAUAUGGUACGCACUUAUUGUUGUAGCUUUCGUAUGCAUUUUUUUUUCACUCUGAACUAUCGGCAACAGUAUUUUAUUAUAUCUACUGCACCUGGGUGUAUUAUAAAUAAAUGUUUUCUGUAUACAAAAUACGAUAGGUAGGCAAGUACCUAUUAUUUCAAAAAAUUUUUUUAAAUUAAAAGUAAACAGCCCCGUUUAAACGCGUUUAUUUAUUUAUUUUUUUUUUUUUUCACAAACACCUCUCCGACAUCGCGCGUCGUCCCGGUAUAAUAUACGUCAAAACGUCUCUGGGCCGGGAAAUAUAACAAAACGUUUUCGUCCUUUAUAAUUAUUAUCAUAAAUUUAGACGAGAAUUAUGCGGACUGAUAAACGAAAUAUAGAUUAAAAAACGACAAACAAUAAUUAUUUUUAUUACGCGGCGUACGUUUGACAAAGGGAAGGAUUUCUUUUUUUUCUUUUGGGGACAAUCGCUAAUAUAAAACCACCCAAAUUGUAUGUGGUUUUUAUUUUUUUUAGAAUAAUUGUUUAUAUUUGCACCGUGGGCCAACUUUCGAUAACCAUAAAUUAUCGUUAAUUAAACCCUAUCGGUCACAUAUGACCAGCAACAGACAACGACCAUAGCUUUUUUUGUAUAUACAAUUUUAUUAUUUCGAUAAUAUAUGUAAAUAUAUUUUUUAUAAUCAUUAAGUCCUUGAAGACCAUCUUGCCAAUCAUAUCCUUCAUUUUUCUCGAUCUUCAGUUUCCUCCUGAUAACACGAAUGUUCCAAUUGUGUGCAAUCUCCCAAACGAAUAGUCAUGGCCUUCCAAACGGUCUUGUGCCUCUUGAUUUUUUUUAUUUUAUGACAAUUUUGACCAUUUAUUCUUUCUUCCUUCAUGUGUAUUCUGAUAAUAUUAAUAUUUCGAAGAUAUUUCUGAUACCUCUAAAAUAGUGGAUGGUUUUUUUGUUUUUUAUUUUUUUUUUUUUUUUUUUUUUGAAGAGGAUAAAUAAAAGAUAAAUUAAUUGGCCGAGAUUACAAACUGAACUCCCUCGUCCAAUAAUAACGGGCAACAUUUCGGUAACGCCCGACAGUGUCCGUUUUAUCUGAGGUUUUAUUUAAUAUUCACAAUGGGUAAGAUAAUAAAAUCGUCUAAAUAUUUGAUUUUUUCCAGGUCCGAACCACACGUAUCAGAACUAUUCAAAGCCAUUAACAAUGAGAGCCCCGAAGACUUGUAUAAGUCGUCAGACUCGGAGUUGGACGAGCCGCUGGACUACAGAGUCAACACGUAUUUUCCGGUUCGCGUAGGAAGCGUGAUCCAAUCGGGUUACUUCAUAAUCAAAAAACUCGGCUGGGGCCAUUUCUCUACUGUAUGGCUCUCUUGGGACGAUCCGUGAGCAUAAAAAAAAUUAUAUAAUAAUAUUUAUAUCUAUAUUCUUUUGAACCAGUAUAAUUUUUUGAAUUAUUUCUCGUACCUACCUUAACGCGUAUAAAAAGUAUAGUAUAUUUUAUAACCGUCUCUUCGUUUUUAGGGGGAAAAGAUUUGUGGCACUCAAAGUCAUAAAAUCCGAACCUGACUACACAGAAAGCGCGAUGGACGAAAUACGAAUGCUAAAAAGUAGAAAAACAAGUGUAAGUUUUAAAGAAAAAUCACUUCUCGAUAUAAAUAAUAAAGGGCGAUAUUUUACCGACAAUUUUCAACACUCAAAAUGUCUUUGAUAAUAUAGAAUAUUAGGCAUUGUAAUAACAUUCAGAUUUGUUGGCAGGAAACGCAUCUUUAUUCGGGUCGCAGGAGGAUUGUCGAGCUCUUCGAUGAUUUCCAUAUAGACGGAUUGCUGGGGUCGCACGUGGUAAUGGUAUUCGAGGUGUUAGGACCGAAUUUACUCAAGCUUAUCAAGAAAACAAACUAUCAGGGGUUACCGUUGUAUUUGGUCAAGCACAUCAUGAAACAAGUGUGUAACAAAAUAGUAUAAUUUCUAUAAUUGUUCACCGUAGUAAAAUUAAUAGGAGGUGAACACCGCCAGUGACAAAAUGUGUACAAAAAAUCAAUUAUUAUUAUUAUUAUUAUAUAUUAUAUAUGUGCGCUGUAUUCUGUACCCUCACUCACUUACUCUUCACACCAAACGAAAAAGAUGAAAAUGACUUCCCUGUCCCGAUAACAUAUCCAUGUUCUUUCGUAGGUGCUGGAGGGGCUGCAAUUCCUCCACGAGGCCUGUCACAUCAUCCACACGGACAUCAAGCCCGAGAAUAUUCUGAUUUGCGCGACGCCACAGUAUAUCAACAAGAUGGCCGAAAAAUGUUUCAAACAAAUGGCCAUGCUGAAAUUUUGUAAGGGUUUUUUCUUAGUUAUUAUGCACUAACAUACCACGAUUACAUUAUGGUUUUGGUUUAUGUUAUUAUUAGUUUUGGUCUUUUAAAAUAUCGCGUUUUGUAUAGAGUAAAACACCGAAACCGAGAAAUUUAACAUAAUAAUGUUCCCAGGAUUGUUAUAAUUUAUAAAAAAUAAUCACCAUAGCACACGGCAUACUAACACUCGAUUGCUCAUUUUGUAACAUUGUAAUUACUAAUUUGUAUUUCGAGAUGGGUGGACCGUUUAAUAACAAAUUCUGUACAGUGGAAAUCGAAUACUAUUUUAUAAGUGGAAAAAAUAAUAGUAAUUUUAUCCGAAAAAAUGUCACGCGCUUUUCACCGCGUCUAGGAAAGUCGAAUUUUUAGUACUCUGUGAAAACUGCGGGGUUUCACAAACAGUUUUAACACAAAAAAAACAACGAAAAACCGAUAAAUAAUGAAAAUAAUGAAACCGUUAUUUCCGUAAACUUUCUCCGCUUUUUUUGUUCGGUUAAGUUAUCUUCAAUGCAUAUCGACUAAAUUCAAAACGCAACAAAAAAGGUCAAUUUUUCAUUUUUCGAUUGGAGCAAAAUUUCCGUGGUAUAGAAAAUUCGCUUGUAGGUACAAAAAAAAAAAUAAAAAAUUCCAAUAACAAAGCACACAUCAUAGGAAAACCAAUACAUUUCUCGUAACACUCUGCAAAAUCCGAAAACGAUUAUAUUGACGGGACCAAACGAUGUUUUCCGGACGUAAUAAUAAUAUUUUUGUACUCUCGACGUGGAUUUUUUUUUCCGCAGCCGACAAGAAAGGCAUUCAGACAAGUGCCGAAGAGAUAAUGCAACGCAGUCGCCAGCAUAACAAAUCACGUCUGGAACACAUCGAUGAUUGGAAUAUGACCGGUCUGUAUAACGAUAAUUGUGUUAUAAUUUAUACAGAGUUGAAUACAGUUAUUAUUGUUGAAAUAAUCUCUAGACAGUUUGUCAAUAAUUUCAGUUAAACUUUAGUUAAAACUUAAAAUAUUAUGUUUAGGAAAAUUCAAAAAUAUAACACGUAGCGUAUUACUCCCACCUCUUAAUUAGUGAUGAUAAUUUCAUUGUCUCUAUUUUAUCACAUUACUACAAUUUCAAAUUUUGAUUUUAUUUUAAGUGCACGUGCUGUAACUCGACAAAUCUAUCACGCGCAAGGACUUUUUUAUCUGUUCAAUUUUUUUCAGGUUUUUUUCUUGUAAUAAUAUUACUAGAACUUCUGAUUCCUUUAUUUUAUAUUUUUUCAUUUUUUUUUUUUUUUUUUUUUUUUUUUUUUUUUUUUUUAAGUAACAAUAAAAAGUUCACGUUUUUUCAAAAUUGUUUUUUUAGAAAAAUAUAAAAUGUUAGCAUUAAAAUGCAAGGCUUUAAAAAUAAUUGUUAUAAGAAAAAAAACUUAAAACUAUUAAGCAGAACAAAAGGAAUACAUUUUAUCAGGGCGUCAGGUUUUUGUGUUUCGACCUGUAUUAUACUAUACAGAAACAAAAGAAAACAGAUUAAAUGAAAAAUUAUAUUUUAUUUAUACCUAUAGGUACUGCUGCUACUACUGUUUUGUACUUAUUUUAUUGUGCAGCACAUACAGGUAUUGUGACAUUUACGCUAUUACACAAUACUUUUUUCUACAGAUAUAGAGUUUUGUUGACAUUGUAAUAUUUAUUAUGUGCUAUUAAAAAAACACGCACACCGCAAUUUAUUCGAUAAUAUAUGUAUAUGCGCAUCAUCGCAAAUUGUACGGACAAAUCAACUGCCUGAAGGACUAGCAGGGGGAACAUAUUGUGUUUUGUACGUUAACUUCGGAAUCUCCUGAAUACAACCAUAUACGAUUUUUUAAAUCCUGAUCAAAAAUAAAAAAAAUUAUUGCAUUUUAAAAAUAAUUAUUCUUUCGUGGACACCCUUUAAUACAAUGCGUUCCACCGUGUUCGACGGGUUUUUCUAGCGCUGUCAAUAUUAAAUUUGUUUCGAUUUUUUUUUUUUUUUUCUAAUAGGCUUGUCUUCGAGGGGAACAUCGAUUUGGAGAAAAAUUUAUUUUCAUCCUCUAAACACACAAAAAAAACGAUUUAUUCACUUAAAAAAAUGUUCAAAAAAGUCAUUUUGUAAAAAAUUUUAUUCAAAUGUUUUAAUUUAUGACAAAUUCAUAUCCGAUGUGUAAUGUCUAAGUUUUAAUUUCAUAGAAAAUAGGCGAUUAUUGUGUUUAAAAGAUAAAUAAGAAAAUUUAAUUUUUCCCCAAAUCGAUGGCCCCCUCGAAGACAAACCGAUUGAAAAAAUCAAAUAGAAUAAACUUUAAUAUUAACAGCGCUAGAAAAAUCCGUCCAACAAGGUGGGACACACUGUAUAUUGGUCGUGUACCGUACAUAGCGUCAUAAUUAACGUUAAUCUGGGUCUCGUCCGUUAUAAUUGUGAUUAUUGAGCGGGAAAAUGACAAUAUUGUACGAUUUAACACGCGGGGUGACCAAUAAUGGAAACGUGCAUGAAAUAUAAAUGUCAAUUGUAUACAAUGUUGUAGGUACUUAUAAGUACUUUAGUUAUUUGACAAAUUAGAAGAUACGUAAUUUAUAAACUGUAAUUUAUUCAACACUAACCUUAUAAUUUAUAUUAUAAUCGUCAUUUUUCGCUUGCGAAAAAAUUAUACAUAUUUUUUAUAGCGUAUAGUAGGUAUAUUCAAUCGAAUUUAUCCGCGGCGAAGCCGAUAAAAAUGGCCGCAGUAUUUACGUUUGUUUUUUGUACAUUAUUUCAGCGUCCUAUAUCGAAUCGAGUAAUUAUUUUAGAAAAUUAUCUAAAUACAAAAAGCUGUACGAACUGUUGGACGAUCUGGGAGGCAUCAGCGUGAAAAUUGCUGAUCUUGGAAACUCGUGUUGGGAGGUAACUCGUCAGUUUCGAUUAUUAAAUACUUAAAACAAUAAUAUAAUAUAAUUGCAUCAUAUAGUAUGUCUACAAAAAGUAGUGAUCAUUCGAUCAACGAUAAAAAUCAACGCAUAAAAUAUCAAUGUUCUCGCCUCUUUUGGGGAAUGAAUAAUUUAAAUAUUUUUCCGUUAAAAUUGCCUUUCCGAAACCUUUUAAAGUUUGAAUCGCUUAAAUACUGGGAUUGCGAUAAUAAUAGUUUGUGUUUCACGCGGUCAACACCGUGAUAAAAUAGAGAGAUGAUUCCGUUUUUACUGAUAGCAUUACCAGACCCCCCCCCCGUCAAGAUAAUUUUUAUGCUCGACAUCUCAUCGGUCGUUCAUACUACGUUCGGUGUAAUCAGCUUACAAACACAAAUAUAAUGUUCUUAAGUUUGAUAAUAUAAUGUUUCUUAAGUUUGAUAAUAAGUCCACUCUUAUAUCAAAACUAAAAUCACAAAAUUGAUUCUGCUGUAUGCAAUUUGGCUAUAAUGUCGUGCAUUUAUAAGACUGGUUUUCCGUUCGCGCAUCCAGCAGCGUUUUUUUUUUUUUUUUUUUUACAAUAUUUCAAGUAUUUUGUAUAUUCCAUAAUUAUGUGAUAUUAUCAUGUGUGUUAACAACUAACCGCAUAUUUUACUAAUUAUUAUUUUACACUUGACGAAUUAUUUAGCGGACGUUGCUCAUUGAUAAACAACAAUAGAUCAGUAAUGUUAAAGUUUGUAAUAGUUUGUAUAAUUUAUUGAAUAUUACUGUGCAAAUAGAUUUAUCAGUGGAUUUAGAUUUAAUCGAGAUUUCGGACUUAUCGACAUUUUGAUUUCUUUUGGGAUUUUAACUGUCGGCGUUUUGCCCUUGUAGCCUACAAGCUAAAAAUCCCUACGAGUUCGGGGAUUAUUGGCUACGCACGGUCUUAUAUUAUAAACCCGGUGCGACGGCAUCAUAAAACCCGACGAAAAUAUGUGGGCUUAUAUUCUUUUCGUUUUACGCACAGUCAACACCAAAAUUCCAUUUAACUGCAACACGUCGUGCCCGAAUUCAAUUUGCUCCCGCGCGGUUCCGAAACCGUAUAGGUAUAGUCGAUUCGCGACUUUACAUGGGUACCCUUAUAAAAUGUAAAAACAUUAUUAUACCGAAAACACGGCGGCGCCCUCAAACGGGUAUUAUACACAAACACUUCACAAUUUCUACGUGUAUUUUCAACACUUCCGAACCCGCAUUACGUGAUACGCAACCGUGACAUAUUGUUUGUACUCGCCGGGGGGAAGGAGGAGAAAAAACAUCGUGAAAAGAAACACUGGUAUUCUAGCUGAAGGUCGGAUAUUUUUCGCCAAAUUAAAAUGUGUUUGUAAUAAUAUUAUUAAAAAAUUCCUAAACAUUAUUGCAGUCGCAUUUUCGGAUUCACCCCAAGAAGUACGAGAAGUUUCCAAAAAUUAAGAAAUGACCUAUCAGAAGAAUAUUUUGGUCCGAACAUGGAAAUUUAAAAAAAAAAAAAAACGCUCCUUUUGAUUAUUUCCCCGACAGACCCAUUUCAGUGCAUGUCAUUAGAUAUUUAAAUUUUAUGUUCUUCUAUGGUUAUGAUAAAUAAUAUUUAAGACAAAACAUACUUAAUUAUAUAAUAAUAUAUUGUAUAAUAAACAGAAUAAAUACUACUUGGAGACCAUACAGCCAUUACAGGCAUUACAGGCAUUACAGAAACUUCAGCACCAGAAUUCGGAAGCUAAGCUGGACUUACCGGCAGAAAGCUCCGCAACAUCGGUGCCCGAAUUGGGGUGGGAUCUUGGGAAGGUAGGAUAUUUAGGGUAAUUUAUUUAUAUCUGUAAUUCUGCACAAGUUUGACUGAAUUACAACAACAAAAAAAAAAAAAAAAACACACACACACUUUAAAAUAAUGUAAUCAUUAGUUCUGUAAACUUUCACGUUCAAUCUACGUUUUUUUCCCGGUUUUGCUCAAUUAUAAGCAAUAAAAAACUAACGAAAAAUGAAAAAACGACUUUCAAAUUCAGGAACUAGAUUCAAAAUUCAAAAAAAAUAUCUGGUGUCAUUUUUCGAUUAAAGCAAUAUUUGUGGUAAACAAGUUCCUCAUAGAAACAAAAAAAAUAAACAACACAUAUUAAUAUCUAUAGACACUUUGCUCCUCUCCGAAUCUAAAAUCGAGACUUUGGUUUUCGAUAUUUUUUAUAGUGCCAUAAAAACUUAUGAUAAACUUUGUAUCGAAUUUUCAAGCAUUUUUAGGUAAUUUAAAUAAUUUUAUAACCAAAAACCAAUUCAAAUUGUAAAGGCAGUAUUUUUCAUUCGUUAUUUUACUUACGCACUAAUAUCCUCAUCGCUGUUAUACAUUUUCAAUAUUUUAAAACUUUGAACUAUCAUACAGUUGCAUACUACCUAUGUAUUAAUAAUAGAAAAUACAAGACACCGUUACUGUAUACAUUUUCCAGUUUUUCUGAUUUUUCUUAAUUAUUGAAAAUUUCAAGAAAAAUCAAAAAAUGUUCUACCUGUUGUGACAUCUAGACAUAAUUUGCUACCCUCCCAUCCCUGAAAGCUGAAAUAAAUAAUCGGAGCAAGAUUUUAUAAAGUAGGAAAGUUAUUAAAAUUCAGUGGCGUGUAGAGUUAGGAGUUAUAUUCCUACAUUGGCUUAAAAAGACAACAAAAAUUAGUAUUUAUUUAGUAAUUUUAUCUUGAAAUUAAGUAGAUAUAUAUUUCAACCAAGUUAUAAGACAUAAGCUUGAUUUAUCGAAUAAAUUAUUAAUUAAAUAAAUAAAGCUUGAUUAUUUAUGAAUCAUGAUUAUUAUUUAACACAUCCCCUUCAUAUUGAAAAUUCUUUGACACGCCACUGUUAAUACAAACGGACAAAAUACACUCAGAAUAAUAAACAAAUAAAUAUCACACAUCUUAAUGAACCCAAUACAUUAAUCACCACGCUCAGAAUUUAAAAAUUAAUAAACAUCAAACAUAGCUCAAAAAAUAUCUGAAAAAGUGCCAACGUAAUUUGGCACUUAAAUAACUAUUCCACUCACUUUUUCAUGUUUCUCUCUGAAAAGUACGAGAAAUUUCAAAACAAAUAAUUACCUCCCUGAUACUGAGGCUUUUCUAGUCGAAGUUGUCCACACAUCAUCAUAGUAAAUCCGAUAAAAACAGUAAAGUUAAUAUUAUUUAAUUUUUUUCUCCCCCUGUGACAAAUGUGUUUCAGUGCAUGACAUUAGAUAUUUAAAACUUCUAUUCUUCUGUGGUUAUAAUAAAUUAUACUUAAAACAAAAAAUGCUUAUAUUUUUAUUGUAUUUUUGCUUAAAUAGCAGAAUAGCCACUACACGGAAAAUAUACAGACUCGUCAGUACCGGUGCCUGGAAGUCUUGCUAGGCUCUGGGUACACUACAACUGCAGAUAUCUGGAGCGCUGCCUGCCUGGUUAGUAUUCAAUGUAAAAUACUGUACCUAAGCUAAUCAUAAGAAUAACUAAAUUUUAAAAUCUCAUAAAUAAUCUUUUUAUUCGAGUUUCCUCCCACCCACCCUUCUCCCUCCCUUAUCCUUCCUCGCCUUCCCCUUUUCCUGGAUAACCCUUUUAAAAAUUAGAAUAAUGGAAACAUACCAUGAGUUAUAUAUCAACUCUGUAAAGAUUUGGUACCUAUAUCUAUAAGUCAAUAUGCAAACGUAUGUUUCCGAAUAUUUCCUGGUACGCAUGCCAAACCGAGCAAGCGUUUAACUACGUAGGUAACUUAAUUGAACAAGACGUACUCGUUGAAAUCAGUUGUAAUGGUUGAACAAAGUUCGUUGAAAAUAACAAAAUAUUUAUGACAAUUUGUCAUUAAGUAAUCGAGGUAAUUCAGUAAGGUAAACUGAAAUGUAAUACGCGUUGGAAUUUUGAAUUUCUAUUAUUUCUCAAACAUUUUCGUAUUUUUUGCUGAAAUCCAAAAAAAAAAAAUCAAAACGACUAUGGUAUAAUGUUGUGUACAAUUUCUAAAGCUAUUCGGAAUCGUUUUUAUUUGUUUACUGCUCUCUUUGUAUGAAAUUUAUUUUCUACUCGUAUAUUGGCUUACUUAUAUUAGUUUCUAUUUCCUAUGUAUAGAUUUAGUAUUUUUAUUGGAUUAUGAUGACAAAUAUUACUAUUAGUAUUUUUAAAAGUAAUAAAACUAUGGCCGUAAUAUUGGCGUGCUCCCUAAAAUAAUGGAAAUAUUAUUAUUUGUUUUUUUUUUACAGACUUUUGAACUGGUUACCGGCGACUUUUUGUUCGACCCGCAUUCCGGGCCAAGCUACAGCAAAGAUGAAGACCACAUUGCACAUAUAAUUGAGCUUUUGGGCCCUAUACCGUUGCACGUGAUUCAUAACGGCCGGAACGCCAAUACUUUUUUUAGAGAAAACGGUAUACACACUCGUGCAGUGAUUUGUAAAAUAUUAUUAUAAUUUAAAAUAUAUUUUUGUCGUUUUUUUUUUUUUUUUGUAAAUUUCGCAAACUCGUUAUAUACAUAGUAUGCGAUGCCCACGAUUCAUAACGGCUUAAUUAGGAGAUCGAAUGCCGAUAUUUUCUUUUUUUGUUCAAAAUAGAUACGCGGUAUACCAAUUUAAACCAAUUUUCCAAUAAUUGGUCCAAUCAGUUACAAACCAGUGGGGUGGAAUCAUCCACUUAUCCCUUCUCCAAUAUACACUUAAGCUCUAAUAUACUCUUGCUUGGUCCAUCAUUGAGCUCAUCAUAUGAAUGUAUGGCUUCUAUGCCAAAAUCACUUCUUCUAGCCCUCCAUUAUCUUACUAUUCCUUGUCCGCCAAAUAUAAAUGGAGUUAUGAUACCGUUUGACGCAGGUGUUCUAAUUUCGUUUUCUGGUAUUAUAGUAAAUUCUAAAAAACUUCAUUAAAAACUCAUACAUUCAAUUUUCAUAAUCAUAUAUUUAAUAAUAACAAAAAUUUUAAUUUAACGUAUAAUAUUAUAAUAAUAUCCAAGUAUAAAAGAAGAAGAAAAAAAACUACAAGAUUAGUAGAAAAUCAAAAAUGAUAUUUCGGAUUUUAAUUAACACUAGUUGUUUAUCCUAACCUAAGGUUUACCAAAUCUCGUUUUUACAAUUUUGAACUACAAACAUUUUUCAAAAUUUGACUAAACUAUCUUGUAUAUAAUAAGUUUGUACAGAGUGUAGUCGGUAAAACCUAAUAUUUCACCGGUGUCCUUACUUUUAUCUAACAUAAUUUCGACGCGAUUUUUUGCGUUCUCUCGAAGAAUUUCUUUAUUUUUUACUAAUUUAUAAUCUACAACUAGCUUUUAUUAUUUGUCAUUUCGAGUAUAUUUCCAAAAAAGUAUCUAUGUAAAUACAAUAAUUAUCGUCGUAAUAAGACAUCGACACAGUGUUCUGAUAAAACACUGCGGAUAAUUUUGUCCUGUAUAAAAAUCCAUUGUUUCUGUUGCAGCUUACUUUUAAAAAAAUGUAUUCAAGCCUUUGGACUAUAUUUUGGUUUUUUUUUUCAACCCGAUUUUUGACAAAUUGCAAUCUUUUAUAAAUUACAAUCGCAUACUUAAUUUUAUUCAAUUAGAAUUUUUUUUUUUUUUUAACCGUUGCCGUUGUUAACGAUAAUGCAUAUGAAUACAUUUUAUUCGUGUAACGUUGCAGGCAAUCUAAAGCAUAUCUCCAACUUGAAACCGUGGUAUCUGUACGAAGUGUUGGCGGAGAAAUACGAAUGGGACUCGGAAGUGGUCACAGGUUUCACGACGUUCCUGUUGCCAAUGUUGGACUUGGACCAGGACACCCGCGCAACAGCAGCCGUGUGUUUGGAACACCCUUGGUUGGCGUCAUAG